CAUACCUGGAGGAGAAGAUUGACAGGAUAUGGGACCUGAUGGAAAUGAGUUGGGUCCAAAAGGAGAGGAUAAGUGUGCAGCCCUGGUCUUCAAGCAGUUACCCAGUCCCAUCAGCAAAGCCGGAGGAGAGGGGGAGGAGAGAAGUGCCAGUGCUGCCCCCAGCAACGGUGUCCCCAGUGAAGGUGGAGCCACCCAGCAUCGGUGAACACCCGAGCGACGGUGAGCCCCCCAAAGACGGUGAACACCCCAGUGACGGUGACCCCAGCCUCGGUGACCAGUCCAGCAACGGGAGCACUGCGAUGGUGAGUUCUCCGACAAUGGCGAUGCGCUCUGCUUUCACCGAGGGUCUGGACGCAGGGCAGGGCCAUCACCCUGCUGCCAGCUCCAAGGUCUCCGCUGUUAGAAAUUGCGUAAUUCAAAUCUGGUAUUGGAAUAAGAGAAAACAUAAUCAAGAGAUAUUCAAUCCAAGCUAAAUGUAUUAUAUGCAAAAUGUAUGUAUGAUAAGUAUGUUGGUUCGUAUACGGGCUCACUGAAAUACCACGCAGGGCAGACAAAGAACUAAUCCAUUGUUACAGGUUCUUCUUCAAAUACUCUGACAGAGAUAGUUCCCACUCUCUGCUGGCCAAUCAGAGUAGAGACUGAGCGUGGUUUAGACUUACUCAGCCAAUCCGUUGGCGCACGGGCUGGUCCCAACCCCUUGGCGCUCCACCGUUCCCAGGCAUAAGUUGCUAUCAUAAUAACCUGUGGAGUUAGCACCCAAAAGACACCAUUCCACUGUACUACGUUCAAGGAUGGUUCACAGACAACAAAGAGGCAGUGUUCGUAUCUGUGAGAAAUACAAGUCUUAUCUAUAAGAAAUACAAGUUUUAUCUCAUCCUAGCCCCUAACGUUCCUCACAUGAAUCACAGCCUGUUAUGUGAAACAAUUCAUAUCAGUACAGUACAGACCUUUUAUGCUUUAAUCAUUAAUGCAUUCUUUCUAAGUUAGUCAUCCCAUCCAGUUAUGAGAAAAUAGAACCCCACAAUGCGCUCCACCGUUCCCAGGCAUAAAUUGCUAUCAUAAUAACCUGUGGAGUUAGCACCCAAAAGACACCAUUCCACUGUACUACGUUCAAGGACGGUUCACAGACAACAAAGAGGCAGUGUUCGUAUCUGUGAGAAAUACAAGUCUUAUCUAUAAGAAAUACAAGUUUUAUCUCAUCCUAGCCCCUAACGUUCCUCACAUGAAUCACAGCCUGUUAUGUGAAACAAUUCAUAUCAGUACAGUACAGACCUUUUAUGCUUUAAUCAUUAAUGCAUUCUUUCUAAGUUAGUCAUCCCAUCCAGUUAUGAGAAAAUAGAACCCCACACCGCCCUCAACACCGGGCAGAGCCACCACACCUCUGCUGGCACCAUGGUCCCUGACACUGGGCAGGGCCACCACCCUGCUGCCUGCUCAGAGGUCUCCGUCCACAACACUGGGCAGAAAAACCACCAUGCUGCCAGCGCUAAGGGCCUCAUCCUUGACAACGGGCAGAACCACCACUACUCUGCUGGUACCAAGGGCCUCGACUCAGGCACCACCAGAUCUGUGCUUCAGCCAGUCGAGGGAGAAGAGAAGAAGCAGUGUGCCCUCACUGAACCUCCUGUGUGCCUGGACAUUCCUCAUGAGCCACCCAAACUGCAGCAGUGUGCCAGCCGGACACCCCACAAACCAGAGAAUGAGCAGCUGGCAUGGGGGGCAGGUAGCUUUGUGGUUAAGAGCGUUGUGCCAGUAACUGAAAGGUCGCUGGUUCUAAUUGCUCCUGUAAGUCACUCUGGAUAAAUAUUUAAGUGCCUUUGAACAAGGUAUGGUAAUAGGUGCCAGGCGCACCAGGUUGUGUCAAGAACUGCAACGCUGCAGGGAUUUGUCACGCUCAACCGUUUCCUGUGUAUCAAGAAUGGCCCACUACCCAAAGGACAUCCAGCCAACUUGACACAACUGUGGGAAGUAUUGGAGUCAACAUGGGCCAGCAUCCCUGUGGAACGCUUUCGACACCUUGUAGAGUCCAUGCCCCAACAAAUUGAGGCUGUUCAGAGGGGGGUGCAACUCAAUAUUAGGUAGGUGUUCUUAAUGUUUUGUACACUCAGUGUAUACUAAGGGAUAUUUGCAGGUUGCACUGUGCCAGCCUGGUCUCGUAGAGUAGACGUAACAUGGUGAACGUAAAUCCUGGCCACUGAAAUUAGUAUUAUAUGUUAUGAUUGGUAUGGUUACAUGAGACAGAAGGUUACUUAAGGCAAAAAUGAAAGUAUAACUUGAACGUCUAGCAUUCCAAAGGAGCAUUUUAGCUAAUUACACUGAACAAAAAUAUAAACGCAACAUGCAAGAAUUUCAAAGAUUUUACUGAGUUACAGUUCAUAUAAGGAAAUCAGUCAAUUGAAAUAAAUAAAUUAGGCCCUAAUUUAUGUAUUUCACAUGACUGGGAAAACAGAUAUGCAUCUGUUGGUCACAGAUACCUUUAAAAAAAAGUAGGGGCGUGGAUCAGAAAACCAGUCAGUAUCUGGUGUGACCACCAUUUGCCUCAUGUACGCGACACAUCUCCUUCGCAUAGAGUUGAUCAGGCUGUUGAUUGUGGCCUGUGGAAUGUUGUCCCACUCCACUUCAAUGGCUGUGCGAAGUUGCUGGAUAUUGGAGGGAACUGGAACACGCUGUCGUACACGUCGAUCCAGAGCAUCCCAAACAUGCUCAAUGAGUAUGGCCUGCAUCUUCAGAUGAGUAUGCCGGCCAUGGAAGAACUGGGACAUUUUCAGCAUCCAGGAAUUGUGUACAGAUCCUUGCGACGUGGGACUGUGCAUUAUCAUGCUGAAAUAUGAGGUGAUGGCGACAGCUGAAUGGCACGACAAUGGACCUCAGGAUCUCAUCACAGUAUCUCUGUGCAUUCAAAUUGCCAUCGAUAAAAUACAAUUGUGUUUGUUGUCUAUAGCUCAUGCCUGCCCAUACUAUAACCCCACCACCACCAUUGACAUCAGCGAACCGCUCGCCCACACGACGCCAAACACGCUGUCUGUCAUCUGCCCGGUACAGUUGAAACAGGGAUUAAUCCGUGAAGAGCACACUUCUCCAGCGUGCCAGUGGCCAUCGAAGGUGAGCAUUUGCCCACUGAAAUCAGUUACAACACUGAACGGCAGUCAGGUCAAGACCCUGGUUAGGACGACGAGCACGCAGAUGAGCUUCCCUGAGACGGUUUCUGACAGUUUGUGCAGAAAUUAUUUGGUUGUGCAAACCCACAGUUUCAUCAGCUGUCCGGGUGGCUGGUCUCAGAUGUGGAGGUCCUGGGCUGCCGUGGUUACACGUGGUCUGCGGUUGUGAGGCCGAUUGGACGUACUUCCAAAUUCUCUAAAAUGAUCAUUAAAUUCUCUGGCAACAGCUCUGGUGGACAUUCCUGCGGUCAGCAUGCCAAUUUCAUGCUCCGUCAAGACUUGAGACAACUGUGGCAUUGUGUUGUCUUUUAUUGUCCCCAGCAUAAGGUGCACCUGUGUAAUGAUCAUUCUGUUUAAUCAGCUUCUUGAUGUGCCACACCUGUCAGGUGGAUGGAUUAUUUUGGCAAAGGAGAAAUGCUCACUAACAGGGAUGUAAACAAAUGUGUGCACAAAAGCUGAGAGAAAUAAGCUUUUUGUGAGUAUCGAACAUUUCUGGGAUCUUUUAUUUCUGGGGUCUCAUGAAACAUGAAACUAACACUUUACAUGAUGCGUUUAUAUUUUUGUUCAGUGUAGAAGGAACUGAAUGUAACAGGUUUGAAGUCCAGUGGCCUCAUUUAUAAAUGUUGCAUAUGUCCAAAAUAUACCCCAAAACAUGCAUGUGCCAGUUUUCAGCAAAAGUUGGCUGAAACCCCCCCCCCCCCCCCCCCCCCCCCCAGUUUUAUCAUUGGAAUGUGAUACAAAACGAGGCAACGGUGUGCUUUAGGACCAUGCAGACUUCUCAGAGCGGUCGGGUAGGUUGUUUGGAGUGUUUAUCCAACUGGAUAAAAAAAAAUCAAAAAGUUAUGUCCCCCCCCACUUCUAAAAACUUCUAAAAGUUGUGCCCCUGAUAAAAAUGGAAUUUGAUGUGUCAAUGUGCUUAGCUUCCUGCAAACUUUAGACCAUGAGUGGUUAAAGUAUUGCAUUGCAAGCAGGCAAGUAGCCUAGUAUUUUGUGCAGAUUGGGUAUAUGAUGACACGCUUAUAAAAAAAAAAAACACUUUGGGAAACCCUGUACAUGGGAAUUUGCACUAUGUCAUCACACACCCUGUAAUGGGAAUUUGCACUAUGUCAUCACACACUUUUAUCCGCAACAAGUCAAUUUGAUGGAAACACAUCUCUGGUGGGAAAAUGUGCAUACUUUAUUUAUGUGGAUUUCAAAAUAUUCACAUGAAAAUCUGUUGCCAAUUGGAUGGAAACCUAGCUGGUGAAAAGCUGGUAAAAUAGUUAGAAAUAGGCAUCUAUUUCCUAUUUCAUUUCCAUGAUCAUUGCAGAAUAAAUUGCUCACAUUUUCUGACGGUGAUGGUUCAUACUCGCAAAGUAGCCUAUAGGCCUACAAUGUCGCAUCUCUCAUUUCAUUGGACCCACUUUACAGUAGUAUUGCUCUAUACGAUCCGGGCCGGAGUUCAGUGUAACGUAGAACAGAAGGUUAACCUUUUCCAUUUAAAUUUUUUCAUGUCUCAAGUAAACAAUAUAAAAUUUAUAAACAUAAUAGGCCUACAUAAUACAUAUUUUCAUAACCAUUGCAGAAUAAAUUCCUCACCACCUGUUCUGGCCAUGAUGGGUUCAUAUUCCAGAAGAAGCUUUAGCCUACAACAAAUUACUAUGAGAGUCUUUAAUUUAAUUAGGCUUAUUAGACAGGCUAUUAUUUCAAGUAACCUAUUGUGAUCUAUACAUCCCAAAGGGAGCGCGGUUUAUAAUAUGCAGUAGAAUUUAACAGAUGAACAGAUAGUUGAUAUUUUGCUUUGAAGUUUGUAGGCUACCACUGUAGUUAAAAACAUUUUGGAGUAGACAUACUAGACAAUAGCUAGGUUUCCAUCCAAUUGGAGACAGAUUUUCAUGCGAAUAUUCUAGAAUCCUCAUAAAGAAAAUAUGCAGAUCUUGCCACCAGUGGUGGGUUUCCACCAAAUGGAUUUGUUGCAGGUAAAAAUCAAUGCGUGAUGACGUAGUACAUGUUUUCAUGUACCGAAUAAAAAUCUUUAGUUCAUUGUGUUUCCAUCGCAUUUUCAACUCUACAGAUACACUACAUAACCAAACGUAUGUGGACACCUGCUCGUCGAACAUCUCAUUCCAAAAUCAUGGGCAUUAAUAUGGAGUUGGCGAGCUUUACACCACUCCAGCCGACGCUUGGCAUUGCGCAUGGUGAUCUUAGGCUUGUGUGGAGCUGCUCGGCCAUGGAAACCCAUUUCAUGAAGCUCCCGACAAACAGUUAUUAUGCUGACGUUGCUUCCAGAGACAGUUUGGAACUCGGUGGUGAGUGUUGCAACCGAGGACAGAUGAUUUUUUACAUGCUAGGCGGUCCCGUUCUGUGAGCUUGUGUGGCCUACCACUUCACAGCUGAGCUGUUGUUGCUCCUAGGUGUUUCUACUUCACAAUAACAGCACUUACAGUUGACCGGGGCAGCUCUAGAAGGGCAGACAUUUUAAGAACUGACUUGUUGGUAAGGUAGCAUCCUAUGACGGUGCCACGUUGAAAGUCACUGAAUUCUUCAGUAAGGCCAUUCUACUGCCAAUGUUUGUCUAUGGAGAUUGCAUGGCUGUGUGCUCGAUUUUAUACACCUGUCAGCAACGGGUGUGGCUGAAAUAGGCGAAUCAACUCAUUUGAAUCGGUGUCCACAUACUUUUGUAUAUAUAGUGUAGUUUUGUCACAGAAACUGUUGUGUUAAAUAGCAAAUGUGCCUACUCUGGUAUUGGCAUGUGCACUCCAACAGCUCGCAGAUACAGUAGGCUGUGGGGGUAGGCUAGUCUACAUGAUGAGAUUAUUAUGGAUAAGAGCAAUAAUAUUUGUCAAAUGGCAGUCAAGCAUCGAUCAUCAUGUACCAGAAUAAGACCCUAGAUAUUUAUUGGAAAGGAGCAUCAAGCUCAUCACCUUGCACUUUCACCACCCUGUGAAGUUCAUCAUAAUUUAUUGAAUCUGUAGCCUCAUAAACUGCAUGGUUUCCCGAGUUGUAGUGGGAGGCGCGACUCCAAGUGUACUUCCAUAUGAUGGUUAUUAUAUCAAUAUUUGCACAUAAAGGCGUUUCCACCGCCAUUUCUCGCAUAAUACAUUUUACAGACAGAAAAAGAUCCCACCAUGUCCAAUGAACAAAUGAUCUGUCUGCGUUUAUAAAAUGGUACCGAAACUUCCUGUUUCCAUCACAACUGCUGUGAUUUUUUUGUAUAAAUAUACUGUACAUGUCAAUAUUUUUAUAGGUGCGCAGUCUUUUCAGACAUGUCUCUCAUUUUCUGACAAGACUGGUUUAUUCCCGCUACACAAAAACUAUUAGGCUACCAUUUAUCCAUCGCUCAUUUAAUAGCCUAUCAUGCUCAAAAGUAUAGAUCCGGUAGCCUAUUUAAAAUAUUUGACAGUAUGGGUAGGCUACAGUAUUGCUGUGCGGUAGGAGCCUAUUUAAAUUCAGAGCCUAUACCAAGGUAUGAGAUAGAAACACAAUCAUCUACUGAUAAACAAUAUAUUGAAUUUGUAUUUUCCAUAGAAGUGUGCUGUAGUAUUUCCGUUUAGUUCGAAUAGACAAUCAAACUAGCAGAAUGCGCGGCCAUUUAGCACUUGCUGCAUGCAUUUUAUUUUGAAAAAAGUUACAGCAAAAUAUUAAAAUUAGAUUUAAAUAAAUGUGAUCAAAUUUGCCACUGGCUUUAGAAACUGUCAAGGCCCAGUUCCAACAUCUCCAAAUCAUACAGCAAAUGAGGGCGUUUUUGUUACCAUAAAGGGAUAAUGGAGGGCGUUUUGCAGGCGGGGCUGUAAUUGUAACGCUCGUUCACAAGCGCACAAAUAUAGUAUGGCUCUGAUUUAUCAAUGAAAAUAUGCGUAUAUGUUGCGACAGUUUGAUAAAUCCCAAUAAUUUGAUGCGCACGCAAAUACUAGAAUCUCCACAUAUGCCAGAAUUUAGUGACAAAUGUAUGCAUGGUUGAUAAGAGGCCCCAGAUGAGCUCCUGAUUUGGAACCUUGUCACCACCGAUUGUAACCACUAGAUGGCAGUAGAAGUGGAGUUUGUCUUUCUCACCUCUUGUUUUAAUUCCCUCUUCAACCAUGUGAAAAAAAGGAAAAGAAAGUCAGAGAGUUUUGGAAAAGGACUAAGUCAGACACAAUUACAUCGUUUUCUGUGGAGCUGCCUGGAAUGCACUUACUUCGUCCUACUUCCCAACAGUAAGAAAAUAGCAACUAAGGAAGACAAGAGGAGUUUGCUGCUGUGGGGCUCAGUGCAUGUGUGUGUUUCCUGGGCUUGCUUGUCUCUUACCCAGUGAUUAGAGCCUCCUGACUCAAUUGAGACAGACUGAAUUCAUAACAUCAGUGCAUUCUCUGCAGCGACUGAACCCUUUCAGAUAACUUAUUUUCAAGUCUGAAGAAUACUGGAUGAAGAUACAUAAAUAAGGAACAGUUGUUUUUGUACUAAGGAAAGGUUUUUCUCCACUUGUUUUCCAAGGUGGUUUUAGUCUUCCUAUUACGUGAAAUAGGCUCCUCCAAUCUGGAAUAAUGUCUUUAUAUGGGUGCAGAGGCUCCUGGUUACUAGUGCUGCUUGGUGUUGUGAGUGUGCUUGUGGUGCUGAUAGCUGGUAACGCUGGGCACAACGAGGACAGGGGGGAGACUGGACCAUCCUGCUUCGGGGGCUUUGACCUCUACUUCGUUCUGGACAAGUGAGUUUGUCAUUCAACAUUCUCUUUCCACCUUACCUCUCCGCUGCUUGUCAUGUACUAUUGGGGGAGUUCAGAACUGUGUGUACAAUGUACUAUUAGUUGGUGAGAGCGAGACUCAAAUAUCACAUUCAUUUGUACAUAUCCACAGUAUACAUCAGUGGUCACCAACCGGUCGAUCUUCAAUGCAUUCCUAGUUGAUCACCAAACAUUUCUGUAGAAAAGCCUUUUUAGCGCUUUUUUUUUGUGUUGCGCUGUUUGUAGAAGGUGUACUUCAUUCAGAAGCCCUGCGCACCAGGUAGGCAAAGUGUUCCUAUAGAGUAUCACAGUAUGAAUCAUAAUACCCAUAAAACCUAGCGGUCAACAGUGAAAUGGUUCCAAUAAUUUUUCCGAUAGGGGAUUUUAGAAACACUUAAAAUAAGGGCUGUGUUUCGUGUAGGCUUACCCGUGUAAAUUUCUUAAGGACAAUGUGACGGUGAGAGGCUGAGACUAAUGCUGUGCUCAACUGGAAACUCGGAAAUCUCAGACUUCCGACAUCUGACUGGGAACAAUCAUUUUGAAUGGUCAUCGGAGUCGGAUUAAUCUGGCAUCUUUCUAGAGCUCCGUCUUUCCGACCUGAAGAUCACAUGAUUUGACCUCGUUUUUUUUUCAGAGUUCCCAGGUGUCUUGAAAGCACCAUGACAGAUGCAGGUACCAUCAAUCCAGUAAAAUAAAACAGCAAAUUAUUUAAAUGUAUGCUCAGCUGUGCCUCACAAGUGCUACACCAACUGAUCUAUUUUGUUAUCAAAGCUCGAGUUUUGAAAUAUAAUAUGGUCUGAGAAGAACAAUAUUGGCAGGCCAGGUAUAUAGCCAAUAUGCUGUGAUAAUGUAUUAGGCCUACUGCACAAAUCAAAUUAUUUUAUUAGGAUAAUGUUACAUUUUUUAAGUAAUGUAAAAAAUAAAUAAUAAUCUGAGCGGUACAUCUCAACUUGCUUUUUGACUGAGAUAGUGAUCUUGACUCAGAAAAGGUUGGUGACCACUGGUGGACAUGAAUCUUGGCAAAGUUGGUUCCUGUUUGGUCACGUUUGUGUGGGUCAAACAUAAACACCCUAAUGAUUGGUUGACGAUAGAGCCUCCCACAAUGCAAUCUAUGGCUGCAGGAUGGAGUUGGUAAAGAGCAACUGUAGAAACUUGCAGUCGACUGCAGUCAAAAUUUAAUGAGCUUUGAUCACGUGGUUUUUGUAAAGUUCAUGCAGUAGUCAUGUAGGCGCAAGUUGGACAAUUUUAUCCCAAUAAUGCAACACACUUUGGAAGGCUUGACAGAAGUGAUCCACUCUAAGGCACCCAACAUUUUCAAAUGUUGUCAUGAUGUCAUACUUGGCAGGGCCGGACUACCGCAUUUGGGGCCCCGGGACACUGAGGGGGAGCAGCUAAUUUACCGCAUUUCAACACAUUUAGCCAUGGUGCAGAGAGAAAAAUGUGCAGUUUUAUAAUGCUAUUCUACACAUUUUGUCAUGAGGCUAAGAGAAAAUGUUGCAUUUUUAAAGCUAAUUUCCUGCUAUUCAACACAUUUUACCAUGAGGCUGAGAGAAAAUGUUGCAGCUUUAAAGCACAUUUUCAGAAAUUCUGCACAUUUAGCUACAGUGGGGGGAAAAAAGUAUUUAGUCAGCCACCAAUUGUGCAAGUUCUCCCACUUAAAAAGAUGAGAGAGGCCUGUAAUUUUCAUCAUAGGUACACGUCAACUAUGACAGACAAAAUGAGGAUUUUUUUUUUUUAAUGAAUUUAUUUGCAAAUUAUGGUGGAAAAUAAGUAUUUGGUCAAUAACAAAAGUUUCUCAAUACUUUGUUAUAUACCCUUUGUUGGCAAUGACACAGGUCAAACGUUUUCUGUAAGUCUUCACAAGGUUUUCACACACUGUUGCUGGUAUUUUGGCCCAUUCCUCCAUGCAGAUCUCCUCUAGAGCAGUGAUGUUUUGGGGCUGUCGCUGGGCAACACGGACUUUCAACUCCCUCCAAAGAUUUUCUAUGGGUUUGAGAUCUGGAGACUGGCUAGGCCACUCCAGGACCUUGAAAUGCUUCUUACGAAGCCACUCCUUCGUUGCCCGGGCGGUGUGUUUGGGAUCAUUGUCAUGCUGAAAGACCCAGCCAUGUUUCAUCUUCAAUGCCCUUGCUGAUGGAAGGAGGUUUUCACUCAAUCUCACGAUACAUGGCCCCAUUCAUUCUUUCCUUUACACGGAUCAGUCAUCCUGGUCCCUUUGCAGAAAAACAGCCCCAAAGCAUGAUGUUUCCACCCCCAUGUUUCACAGUAGGUAUGGUGUUCUUUGGAUGCAACUCAGCAUUCUUUGUCCUCCAAACAGGACGAGUUUAGUUUUUACCAAAAAGUUCUAUUUUGGUUUCAUCUGACCAUAUGACAUUCUCCCAAUCCUCUUCUGGAUCAUCCAAAUGCACUUCAGACGGGCCUGGACAUGUACUGGCUUAAGCAGGGGACACGUCUGGCACUGCAGGAUCUACAAUUUUGUUUCUGGUGUCCUUUGACAGCUCUUUGGUCUUGGCCAUAGUGGAGUUUGGAGUGUGACUGUUUGAGGAUGUGGACAGGUGUCUUUUAUACUGAUAACAAGUUCAAACCGGUGCCAUUAAUACAGGUAACGAGUGGAGGACAGAGGAGCCUCUUAAAGAAGAAGUUACAGGUCUGUGAGAGCCAGAAAUCUUGCUUGUUUGUAGGUGACCAAAUACUUUUUUUCCACCAUAAUUUGCAAAUAAAUUCAUUAAAAAUCCUACAAUGUGAUUUUCUGGAUUUUUUUCUCUCAAUUUGUCUGUCAUAGUUGACGUGUACCUAUGAUGAAAAUUACAGGCCUCUCUCAUCUUUUUAAGUGGGAGAACUUGCACAAUUGGUGGCUGACUAAAUACUUUUUUCCCCCACUGUAUCUGGGGGCCCCCCAACAUCUUUUUUGGGGGUUGGGGGCCCCGGGGCACAUGCCCUGCAUGCCUGUUCGGUAAUCAGGCCCUGAUACUUGAACAUGUUCAGGAAUGUUAUUGUUAUUAUCAUGCCCCCUGGUGCCAUAUGAAACCAUUUAUUUUUUAUUUUGCCAUAUGCUGGCAAAAAUUACUAUUGCCAUUGAAAAAAAUUUAAGUGUUUUCUCAAUGGCUAUUACACUUAUCAAAUAAACAAUCUGAUAUAACAUAAUUGCUAUAUUUAUGUAUACUUUAUACAAUGUUGAAGGCAUUCUGACUACAAAAAAAUAUAUAACCUAAUGGGGAAAAUAUAUAUAUUUGUUUCCAGCAUCUUUGAAAACCAGCAUCUUACAAAACAUAUGUGGUAUUUCCUUCCCCAGAGGGGCAUUGAUCAAGCAUUGGGACAAUUCUGAAAAUGUUAUCCCCAUAAUGCAACACACUUUGGAAGGAGCCUCUUUAAAACUUAUCACAACAGCAGUGUUUACCUGUCCUCUGUUUUCUUGAGUUACAUACAGUGCAUUCGGACAGUAUUCAGACUCCUUGUUUUUUUCCCACAUUUUGUUACGUUACAGCCUUAUUCUAAAAUGUAUUACAUUUUUUUAAAAUCCUCAUCAAUCUACACACAAUACCCCAUAAUGAGAAAGCGAAAACAGGUUUUUGAUUUUUUUGCAAACAAGAGAAACAAGAUUCUCUGGUCUGAUGAAACCAAGAUUGAACUCUUUGGCCUGAAUGCCAAGCGUCACGUCUGGCGGAAACCUGGCACCAUCCCUAUGGUUAAUCAUGGUGGUGGCAGCAUCAUGCUGUGGGUAUGUUUUUCAGCGGCAGGGACUGGGAGACUAGUCAGGAUCGAGGGGAAAGAUGAAUGGAGCAAAGUACAGAGAGAUCCUUGAUGAAAACCUGCUCCAGAGCGCUCAGGACCUCAGACUGGGUUGAAGGUUCACCUUCCAACAGGACAAAGACCCUAAGCACACAGCCAAGACAACGUAGGGGUGGCUGCGGGACAAGUCUCUGAAUGUCCUUGAGUGGCCCAGCCAGAGCCCGGACUUGAACCCGAUCGACCAUCUCUGGAGAGACCUGAAAAUAGCUGUGCAGCGACGCUCCCCAUCCACCCUUACAGAGCUUGAGAGGAUCUGCAAGAAGAAUGGGAGAAACUCCCCAAAUACAGGUGUGCCAAGCUUGUAGUGUCAUACCCAAGAAGACUCAAGGCUGUAAUCACUGCCAAAGGUACUUCAACAAAGUACUGAGUAAAGGGUCUGAAUACUAAUGUAAAUGUUUAAUUUCAUUUUUCAUUUCGUUUCUUUGUGUGCAAAUUAUGGGGUAUUGUGUGUAGAUUGAUGAAGGAAAAAAACACAAUUUAAACCAUUUUAGAAUAAGGCUGUAACGUAACAAAAUGUGGAAAAAGUCAAGGGGUCUGAAUACUUUCCGAAUGCACUGUAGAUUUCCAAGAACUGUGUUUACCUUUGUACCUCCUCAGAGAUCUAUAUAUAUAUAUAUAUAUAUAUAUAUAUUUAUUAUUUAUUUACAACUAGUUUUAAAUUCUAUACACUUGUUGCAGUUAAAAGUGGCAAAGUGUGUAAAUAAGGAUAUUUAUCCAUGCGUGAGUAACAAGGAUAAAUGUCCAUUGGGGGGUAAGGGGGGGCAGGGGUUAGAAACUAUUCGGCAGUCUUUUUUUGCUAUGAUGCUCCUAUAUUGCCCACGUCUGAGUAAUGAAAGCGGGUAGAACAGGCUGUGGCUUGGGUAGCUGAGGUCCCUGAUGAUUUUCUUGGCCUUCCUGCGACACUUGGUGUUGUAGGUGUCCUGGAGGGCAGGCAGUGUGCGUCAUCUGUAGAUCCUUGUGGUCAGCGGUGGUGGAGUUGCCGUACCAGGCUGUGAUGCAGCCCAACAGUAUGCUCUCGAUGGUGCUCCUGUCCAACAUUGUGAGGGCCCUUGGGAACAGGCCAAAUUUCUUCAGCCUCCUGCUUUCUUCAUCACGGUGUCUUUGUGGUUUGACCAUUUCAGCUCCUCAGAGAUCUGUACGCCGAGGAACUUUGACGUUUUUGACCGUCUCCACGGUCUACAAUCAGCUCCUUUGUUUUGCUGACGUUGAGGGAGGAGUUGUUUACCUGGCACCAUGCCGUCAGAGUGACUACCUUCUCUCUGUAGGCCGUCUCGUCGUUGUUGGUAAUCAUGCCUAUGACUGUCGUGUCAUCAGCGAUUUUGAUGAUGGAGUUGGAACUAUUCCCCUGUGUUGAGGGUCAGUGUGGAGGAGGAGAUGUUACCUAACUUCACCACCUGGGGGUGGCCCGUCAGGAAGUUUAGGACCCAGUUCCAUAGGGAGGAGUUAAGUCCCAAGGCCGAGAGCUUUGUGGUGAGUUUAGAGGGGACUAUGGUAUUGAAGACCAAAACGUAGCACUGACGUCUGUAGCCAUGAAGUGCUUUGAAAGGCUGGUCAUGGCUCACAUCAACAGCAUUAUCCCAGAAACCCUAGACCCACUCCAAUUUGCAUACCGCCCCAACAGAUCCACAGAUGAUGCAAUCUCUAUUGCACUCCACACUGCCCUUUCCCACCUGGACAAGAGGAACACCUACGUGAGAAUGCUAUUCAUUGACCACAGCUCAGCAUUCAACACCAUAGUGCCCUCAAAGCUCAUCACUAAGCUAAGGAUCCUGGGACUAAACACCUCCCUCUGCAACUGGAUCCUGGACUUCCUGACGGGCCGCCCCCAAGUGGUAAGGGUAGGUAACAACACAUCUGCCACACUGAUCCUCAACACGGGGGCCCCUCAGGGGUGCGUGCUCAGUCCCCUCCUGUACUCCCUGUCCACCCAUGACUGCAUGGCCAGGCACGACUCCAACACCAUCAUUAAGUUUGCCGACGACACAACAGUGGUAGGCCUGAUCACCGACAACGAUGAGACAGCCUAUAGGGAGGAGGUCAGAGACCUGGCCGUGUGGUGCCAGGACAACAACCUCUCCCUCAACGUGACCAAGACAAAGGAGAUGAUUGUGGACUACAAGAAAAAAAAGAGGACUGAGCACGCCCCCAUUCUCAUCGACGGGGCUGUAGUGGAACAGGUUGAGAGCUUCAAGUUCCUUGGUGUCCACAUCACCAACGAACUAUCAUGGUCCAAACACACCAAGACAGUUGUGAAGAGGGCACGACAAAGCCUAUUCCCCCUCAGGAGACUGAAAAGAUUUGGCAUCGGUCCUCAGAUCCUCAAAAAGUUCUACAGCUGCACCAUCGAGAGCAUUGUGACUGGUUGCAUCACCGCCUGGUAUGGCAACUGCUUGGCCUCCGACCGCAAGGCACUACAGAGGGUAGUGCGUACGGCCCAGUACAUCACUGGGGCCAAGCUUCCUGCCAUCCAGGACCUCUAUACCAGGCGGUGUCAGAGGAAAGCCCUCAAAAUUGUCAAAGACUCCAGCCACCCUAGUCAUAGACUGUUCUCUCUGCUACCGCACGGCAAGCGGUACCGGAGUGCCAAGUCUAGGUCCAAAAGACUUCUCAACAGCUUCUACCCCCAAGCCAUAAGACUCCUGAACAGCUAAUCAUGGCUACCCGGACUAUUUGCACUGCCCCCCCACCCCAUCCUUUUACACUGCUGCUACUCUGUUAAUUAUUUAUGAAUAGUCACUUUAACUCUGCCCACAUGUACAUAUUACUUCAACUACCUCAACUAGCCGGUGCCCCCCGCACAUUGACUCUGCACCGGUACCCCCCUGUAUAUAUAGCCUCCCUACUGUUAUUUUAUUUUACUUCUGCUCUUUUUUUCUCAACACUUUUUUUGUUGAUGUUUUAUUUUUACUUUUUUGUUAAAAAUAAAUGCACUGUUGGUUAAGGGCUGUAAGUAAGCAUUUCACUGUAAUGUCUGCACCUGUUGUAUUCGGCGCAUGUGGCCAAUAAAAUUUGAUUUAAUUUGAUUUGUAGUCGAUGAACAGCAUCCUCACAUAUGUAUUCCCUUUUUCCAGGUGGAUCUGUCGGGGCAUACCUAACGAUUGGGUAAAAUGGAGCUUCAUCUGGUUCUAAUAGAUGUUGCUACCCUCUGGACUUCAAUACUUUCAAAUGACAACCCUCAUUACCUUAUUGCCUGCAUGAUUAAAAAGUAUGGGGGAAAAAAUUACAAAAAAUAUAAUAAUAAUAGUAAUAAUAAAACAUAUAUAAUAGAAAUAAAUAACUAAAAAAUUAUACUACAAAUAUAUAAUAAAAAAUAAAAAAUAAACAUGUAUCCAUUCACUAACUGUAAGUCGCUCUGGAUAAGAGCGUCUGCUAAAUGACUUAAAUGUAAAAUGUAAUGAUUAUUUGUCUAAUGUGGGAGAGCAGGCUUCAGCUUUGACCGCUUUCAUUUGGGUCUGCCUUUUCCUCUCCUCCAUUGUUUUAAAAAGUAUCUUACUCGUGGACGAAGAUAGAUUUUCCUUUUGCCCCACAUCAGAAUACCAACUCCAAGCAGACAUUUCUGUGGUGGCAUAACAUUUAGCUAAGUGGAAAUUCAGGCAGACAUCUCGAAUUGUAAGAUUCAAAGACUGAUGUAGGAAGUAUGAUGAACAUAUGGCUGUGUGUGUGCACAAUGUUUUGCUUUCAGAAAAAUACAUGUGAAUACAAAGAGAAUGUUAGACACCACAGGAGGUUGGUGGCACCUUAAUUGGGGAGGACGGGCUCGUGGUAAUGGCUGGAGCGGAAUAGCUGGAAUGGUAUCAAAUACAUCAAGCACAUGUUUUCCAUGUGUUUAAUACUAUUCCAUUUGCUCCGUUUCAGCCAUUAUUAUGAGCUGUCCCCUCUGAUUCUAUAUUAUAUGUAGUAUUUAGUAUUUUUGAAUUAGGAUCCCCAUUAGCUGAUGUGGAAGAGAGUUCCAUGUGGUCAUUCAUUGGUCUGUAUAUUCAUUCUUCUGCUGCUUUCCUCUACCUCUCUUUGUUUGAACUGAUAUCCCUUCCCUUUUUACCGUAACUGUUGUUCUACAUUUACUGUCUGAUCAUCACUCUUCUCUGUAUAUCCUCCUUUAUGUGUCUGCAGAACCCUUUCUCCAUUAGGUCCAGAUGUUCCAAUGUUUCAGCCUUUUGGCUGCACUGUCUGUGCUGGGACUCGUCUCCUGGUAACAAUGGAAAAAUAGGUGUUUUGAGAAAUGCUCUGAGAGGGAGAAAGAAGAGGGCAGUGAAAUAAGAGGAUAGGAGAAAAUUAAAAGAAUGACACAAAGAAAGAAAGAAAGAAAGAGAAAGAAAGAAAGACGAAGUCAUAUGGCCGGUUAACCAACUGUCAGCGCAAUUUCAUUGUGAGAAACGCUUCUUGAACUUUCUUCUCUAUGAUAAUUUACCCUGAAUAACUGUGUCUUUCCUGAACACUUAGGCUAAUUCCUUUAUGCCCCUUUCCCAUACACUAUGAGAACACAAUGCUGCGAACAGUUAUCAAGGUUAGAGUUCAGUGAUUUUUCAAGUUGUCCUGUUGAAAGUACAUACACUCAUGGGUAAAAAAAUAUAUGGUUUUGAGCAAAAGACUACAAACUACAAACUUCAAGGAGUAAAGCAUUCAAGGAGUUGGUCUGAUGGCCUCCCCCUCGCUUGAGGAACAAUAGAGGAGCAGUAGAGAACAAAAGAGGAAAGGCCCACUUCCCUACUUGUGUCAUGACUUGGACACCUAUUGAGAUGUCCCUUUUGUUAAGUAAAUCAGUUGUUAGAUGAGGUGAAAAGGAGACUGGAGUGCCACUUUAAGAAAACAUAAUCAUCAAAUAAGGACAAGGAGAUUUAAGCCACAAAAUUCUGUAAUGAAUCGGUCAGCUAUGCAUACGUAGUGAUGUAGAGUACGGACUACAGCCCCGUCAGACUGGCCUAAUUCAAAUGCAUAAUAACUCAGGCAUGUAGGCAUAAUGACUGAUAAUUUACCUGACUCUAAUAAUACAUAAUGGCUAAUCAUUUACCUGACUCCAAUAACACAGAGAUCAUUACUGGGGCUGCAUUAUAAAUACAUUGACAGUAAUCUGAGAAGUAUGAUUUCACUGAUCAAAUCAAAUUUUAUUGGUCACAUACACGUGUUUAGCAGAGGUUAUUGCGGGUGUAGUGAAAUGCUUGUGUUUCUAGCUCCGACAGUGCAGUAUAUCUAACAAGUAAUAUCUAACAAUUUCACAACAUAUACCCAAUACACACAAAUCUAAGUAAAUCAAUGGAAUUAAGAAUAUAUAAAUACAUGGACAAGCAAUGUCAGACUGGCAUAGACUAAGAUACAGUAGAAUAGUAUAUAAUACAGUAUAUACAUAUGAGAUGAGUAAUGCAAGAUAUGUAAACAAUAUUAAAGUGACUCGUGUUCCAUUUAUUAAAGUGGCCAGUGGCUUCUAAUGUGCUAGUGAAGGCUAUUUAACAGUCUGAUGGCCUUGAAAUAGAAGUUGUUUUUCAAUCUCUCGGUCCCAGCUUUGAUGCACCUGUACUGACCUCACCUUCUGGAUGAUAGCGGGGUGAACAGGCAGUGGCUCGGGUGGUUGUUGUCCUUGGUGAUCUUUUUGGCCUUCCUUUGACAUCAGGUGCUGUAGGUUCCUGGAGGGCUGGUAGUUUACCCCCGGUGAUGCGUUGGGCAGACUGCACCACCCUCUGGAGAGCCCUGCGGUUGCGGGCGGUGAAGUUGCCGUACCAGGCGAUGAUACAGCCCGACAGGAUGCUCUCCAUUGUGCAUCUGUAAAAGGUUGAGGGUUUUAGGUGCCAAGACAAAAUGUCUUCAGCUUCCUGAGGUUGGACUCCCGAGUGGCGCAGUGGUCUAAGGCACUGCAUCGCAGUGCUAGCUGUGCCACUAGAGAUCCUGGUUCGAGUCCAGGCUCUGUCGCAGCCGGCCGCGACCGGGAGACCCAUGGGCGGCGCACAAUUGGUCCAGCGUCGUCCAAGGUAGAGGAGGGUUUGGCCGGCAGGGAUGUGGGUUCGUUUCCCACGGGGGGCCAGUAUGAAUAAAAAAAUAAAAUACAAAUUAUGUAUGCAUUCACUAACUGUAAGUCGUAAUGUAUGCAUUCACUAACUGGAUAAGAGCGUCUGCUAAAUGACUAAAAUGUAAAUGUAAAAUGAGGUUGAAGAGGCGCUGUUGCGCCUUCUUCACAACACUGUCUGUGUGGGUGGACCAUUUCAGUUUGUCAGUGAUGUGUAUGUCGAGGAACUUGAAGCUUUCCACCUUCUCCACUGCGGUCCCGUCGAUGUGGAUAGGGGGGUGCUCCCUCUGCUGUUUCCUGAAGUCCACAAUCAUCUCCUUUGUUUUGUUGAUGUUGGGUAAGGUUAUUUUCCUGGCAUCACACUCCCAGAGCCCUCACCUCCUCCUUGUAGGCUGUCUCAUCAUUGUUGGUAAUCAAGCCUACUACUGUUGUGUCAUCUGCAAACUUGAUGAUUGAGUUGGAGGCGUGCUUGGCCACGCAGUCAUGGGUGAACAGGGAGUACAGGACGGGGCUGAGCACGCACCCUUGUGGGGCCCCAGUGUUGAGGAUCAGCGAAGUGGAGGUGUUGUUUCCUACCUUCACCACCUGGGGGCGGCCUGUCAGGAAGUCCAGGACCCAGUUGCACAGGGUGGGGUUCAGACCCAGGGCCCGAGCUUAAUGAUGAGCUUGAAGGGUACUAUGGUGUUGAAUGCUGAGCUAUAGUCAAUGAACAGCAUUCUUACAUAGGUAUUCCUCUUGUCCAGAUGGGAUAGGGCAGUGUGAUGGCGAUUGCAUCGUCUGUGGAUCUAUUGGGGCGGUAAGCAAAUUGAAGUGGGUCUAGGGUGGCAGGUAAGGUAGAGGGGAUAUGAUCUUUGACUAGUCUCUCAAAGCACUUCAUGAUGACAGAAGUGAGUGCUACGGGGCGAUAGUCAUUUAGUUCAGUUACCUUUGCUUUCUUGGGUACAGGGACAAUGGUGGCCAUCUUGAAGCAUGUGGGGACAGCAGACUGGGAUAGGGAGAGAUUUAAUAUGUCCGUAAACAUGCGCAUGCUCUGAGGACGCGGCUAGGGAUGCCAUUUGGACCGGCAGCCUUGCGAGGGUUAACACGCUUAAAUGUUUUACUUACGUCGGCCACGGAGAAGGAGAGCCCACAGUCCUUGGUAGUGGGCCGCGUCGGUGGCACUGUAUUAUCCUCAAAGCGGGCGAAGAAUGUGAUUAGCUUGUCCGGAAGCAAGACGUCGGUGUCUGCGACGUGGCUGGUUUUCCUUUUGUAGUCCAUGAUUGUCUGUAGACCCUGCCACAUACGUCUCGUGUCUGAGCCGUUGAAUUGCGACUCCACUUUGUCCCUAUGCUGACAUUUUGCCUGUUUGAUUGCCUUGCGGAGGGAAUAACUACGCUGUUUGUAUUCUGCCAUAUGCCCAGUCACCUUGCCAUGGUUAAAUGCGGUGGUUCGUGCUUUCAGUUUUGCGCGAAUGCUGCCAUCUAUCCAUGGUUUCUGGUUAGGGUAGGUUUUAAUAGUCACAGUGGGUACAACAUCUCCUAUAUUCUUCCUGAUAAACUCAGUCACCGUAUCAGUAUAUACAGUGGGGAGAACAAGUAUUUGAUACACUGCCGAUUCUGCAGGUUUUCCUACUUACAAAGCAUGUAGAGGUCUGUAAUUUUUAUCAUAGGUACACUUCAACUGUGAGAGACGGAAUCUAAAACAAAAAUCCAGAAAAUCACAUUGUAUGAUUUUUAAGUAAUUCAUUUGCAUUUUAUUGCAUGACAUAAGUAUUUGAUACAUCAGAAAAGCAGAACUUAAUAUUUGGUACAGAAACCUUUGUUUGCAAUUACAGAGAUCAUACGUUUCCUGUAGGUCUUGACCAGGUUUGCACACACUGCAGCAGGGAUUUUGGCUCACUCCUCCAUACAGACCUUCUCCAGAUCCUUCAGGUUUCGGGGCUGUCGCUGGGCAAUACGGACUGUCAGCUCCCUCCAAAGAUUUUCUAUUGGGUUCAGAUCUGGAGACUGGCUAGGCCACUCCAGGACCUUGAGAUGCUUCUUAUGGAGCCACUCCUUAGUUGCCCUGGCUGUGUGUUUCAGGUCGUUGUCAUGCUGGAAGACCCAGCCACGACCCAUCUUCAAUGCUCUUACUGAGGGAAGGAGGUUGUUGGCCAAGAUGUCGUGAUACAUGGCCCCAUCCAUCCUCCCCUCAAUAUGGUGCAGUCGUCCUGUCCCCUUUGCAGAAAAGCAUCCCCAAAGAAUGAUGUUUCCACCUCCAUGCUUCAUGGUUGGGAUGGUGUUCUUGGGGUUGUACUCAUCCUUCUUCUUCCUCCAAACACGGCGAGUGGAGUUUAGACCAAAAAGCUCUAUAUUUGUCUCAUCAGACCACAUGACCUUCUCCCAUUCCUCCUCUGGAUCAUCCAGAUGGUCAUUGGCAAACUUCAGACGGGCCUGGACAUGCGCUGGCUUGAGCAGGGGGACCUUGCGUGCGCUGCAGGAUUUUAAUCCAUGACGGCGUAGUGUGUUACUAAUGGUUUUCUUUGAGACUGUGGUCCCAGCUCUCUUCAGGUCAUUGACCAGGUCCUGCCGUGUAGUUCUGGGCUGAUCCCUCACCUUCCUCAUGAUCAUUGAUGCCCCACGAGGUGAGAUCUUGUUGCCUUCUCACCAAGCUGCUUGCCUCUUGUCCUGUAGCUCAUCCCAGCCUUUUGCAGGUCUACAAUUUUAUCCCUGAUGUCCUUACACAGCUCUCUGGUCUUGGCCAUUGUGGAGAGGUUGGAGUGUGUGGACAGGUGUCUUUUAUACAGGUAACGAGUUCAAACAGGUGCAGUUAAUACAGGUAAUGAGUGGAGAACAGGAGGGCUUCUUAAAGAAAAACUAACAGGUCUGUGAGAGCCGGAAUUCUUACUGGUUGGUAGGUGAUCAAAUACUUAUGUCAUGCAAUAAAAAGCAAAUUAAUUACUUAAAAAUCAUACAAUGUCAUUUUCUGGAUUUUUGUUUUAGAUUCCGUCUCUCACAGUUGAAGUGUACCUAUGAUAAAAAUUACAGACCUCUACAUGCUUUUUAAGUAGGAAAACCUGCAAAAUCGGCAGUGUAUCAAAUACUUGUUCUCCCCACUGUACGUCGAUAUUAUUCUCUGAAGCUACCCAGAACAUAUCCCAGUCCGCGUGAUCAAAACAAUCUUGAGGCGUGGAUUCCGAUUGGUCAGACCAGCAUUGAAUAGUCCUUAGCACAGGUACUUCCUGUUUGAGUUUCAGCCUAUAGGAAGGGAGGAGCCAAAUGGAGUCGUGGUCAGAUUUGCUGAAAGGAGGGCGAGGGAGGGCCUUGUAUGAAUCCCGGAAGUUGGAGUAGCCAUGGUCGAUUGUUUUAGCAGCGCAAGUACAUGCAUCAGCAUGAGCUCAUUGGUGCAGUCCAAAGAUGGCAACUAUCUAAUCAAUCAGCAUUAUAGGCUACAUUGUUGCUCUCCAACCAAGGUGUUUGCUUGUUCUAAUAGAAUGGGUGCUUCUGAAGCAAUACCCUCAUUUUCGGGAAAGAGGAGGCAUACAGGAGUGUUGCCACAGUAGUGGAGGCAGACCGCGUGAGGAACUUUAAAACAAUUACACACAGGCAGGGCAAGACUACAUUCAGCCAAGAUGAACAUAUCAUCACAAACUGUAAUGGCUGGAUGGGAUACAGCGUGAUGUGCAGAAGAAGUUGCACAAAGUUGAGUAAAAAUUCAGAGUGCAGAAAAUAUGUCUGUCUUCUGUAAGUUGAUUAAGGAAAAGAUUGUAGAAAGUAUGAAAGGUGUGCAGCUAGCCUAGCGGUUAAUACCGUUGGGCCAGUAACCGAAAGGUUGCUGGUUUGAAUCCCCGAGCCGGCAAAAUGAAAAAAUCUGCCAUUCUGCCCUUGAGCAGACACAUUUCAGUUUAAUGCAUUCAGUUGUGCAACUGACUAGGUAUCCCCUUUCCACUUUGUGUCAAACCAUAUUUGACUGUGCAAUAGGAUUCACAUAAUAGUGAAAAUGUCUAAAGAAGAUGCUGCCUUUCUACAAUACAGAUACAGUACCCUUCGAUUCCCCUGACUCUCCUUCCCCAUCUGUCAGAUAGUCCUUAACUUCUCCACUUCCUCCAGACUGUUACACAAAACUCUCAUCAACAUGUUAUUUCUCUUUACAGAUCUGGGAGUGUGCAGCACCACUGGAUUGAAAUCUAUCACUUUGUGGAACAUCUGGCUCAUAAAUUCAUAAGGUGAGAAUAGUUUGUUUACAAAGACCAUGUGAUGAAAAGUAAAGUUAUAUAAAUUCAUUAUAAACAAAACUUUGAACCAUUAACCAUGGUGUGGGUAUGAAUGUCUACCAUUAAAUCAUCCUUCUCCUCACCUCGACCCCCCCCCCCCCCCCUCCCUUCUAGCUCUGACUCUACUGAUAGCUACGUUAUUGAGAGAAAAUGUAUAUAAUAAUAAUAUAAUAUGCCAUUUAGCAGACGCUUUUAUCCAAAGCAUUAUAUGUGGUUGUCCCACCUAGCUAUCUUAAGAUGAAUGCAUUAACUGUAAGUCGCUCUGGAUAAGAGCGUCUGCUAAAUGACAAAACAUGUAAAUAAAGUUAAUAUACUGUAUAAAUGUUCUGAAUAUUGUUAAUUUCUCUCCAGUCCACAGCUGCGCAUGUCCUUCAUUGUGUUCUCCACUGAGGGAAGAAUUUUGAUGCGGCUCACAGAGGACAGGUGAGGGAACAAUCUUUCUUUCUUAGGAUUUGGGGUAUUACCUCUGCAUAAGAUGUCAGGUAUUUGCUGAUUCUGAACUGAGUUGAUUAUCAAGAAUCCAGAAACCAGAGAAACAUGCAGGAUUUGUUUCAGGUUAAUUGAAUUAGAGACAUAAGAAUCACAGAGUACAAUACACUCACAUUUAGCUUGACUGACAAUGCUGUCAAUCCUUUGGCAAACUGUGAACUUCAGCAUUGUGGCAACACCAUUUUGUAUACAUCUGGCCCUUCAUUGGACACUGUGUUAACAAACCUCCAAACGAGCUUCAACGCCAUACAACACUCCUUCCGUAGCCUCCAACUGCUCUUAAACACUAAUAAAACUAAAUGCAUGCUCUUCAACCGAACGCUGCUUGCACCCGCCCACCCGACUAGAAUCACUACUCUCGGCGGGUCUGACCUAGAGUAUGUGGACAACUACAAAUACCUAGGUGUCUGGUUAGACUGUAAACUCUCCUUCCAGAAUCACAUUAAGCAUCUUCAAUCAAAAGUUAGAUCUAGAAUCGGCUUCCUAUUUCACAACAAAGCCUCCUUCACUCAUGCUGCCAAACAUGCCCUCGUAAAACUGACUAUCCUACCGAUCCUUGAGUUCGGCGAUGUCAUUUACAAAAUAGCCUCCAACACUCUACUCAGCAAAUUGGAUGUAGUCUAUCACAGUGCCAUCCGUUUUGUCACCAAAGCCCCAUAUACUACCCACCAUUGUGACCUGUACGCUCUUGUUGGCUGGCCCUCACUACAUAUUCGUCGCCAAACCCACUGGCUCCAGGUCAUCUAUAAAUCACUGCUAGGCAAAUCCCCAUCUUACCUUAGCUCACUGGUCACCAUAGCAACACCCACCCGUAGUCUGCGCUCCAGCAGAUAUAUCUCACUGGUCAUCCCCAAAGCCAACACCUCCUUUGGCCGCCAUUCCUUCCAGUUCUCUGCUGCCAAUGAUUGGAACGAACUGCAAAAAUCUCUGAAGCUGGAGACUCUUAUCUCCCUCACUAACUUUAAGCGUCAGUUGUCAGAGCAGCUUACCGAUCACUGCACCUGUACACAGCCAUUCUGAAAUUAGCCCACCCAACUACCUCAUCCCCAUAUUGUUAUUUAUUUUGCUAAUUUGCACCCCAGUAUCUCUAUUUGCACAUCAUCUUUUGCACAUCUAUCAUUCCAGUGUUAAUACGAAAUUGUAACUAUUUUGCACUAUGGCCUAUUUACUGCCUUACCUCCAUAACUUACUACAUUCGCACACACUGUAUAUAUAUUUUCUGUUUGUAUUUUUGACUUUAUGUUUUGUUUACCCCAUAUGUAAUUCUGUGUUGUUGUUUUUAUUGCACUGCUUUGCUUUAUCUUGACCAGGUCGCAGUUGUAAAUGAGAACUUGUUCUCAGCUGGCUUACCUGGUUAAAUAAAGGUGAAAUAAAAAAAUAAAAAAUAAAUAUAUUAUGUGUCGCAUAUGUGUCUAAUCUUUCCUUAGGCGCAUUUUCCACGCAGGCACUGACAUUUUUUCAAUGUUUAUGGUCUUCCAGCUGUCUCAUUUCAUACAGGACUCAUUUCCCUCACUAUCUGCUAGACAGUGUCCUGUGUCAAUAGGACACUCUUAAAACCUGAAGCUCACAUAAAUCCCAUCACUACUCUCUGAAAUGGAAUACCACUUCAGUAGAGAGAUCAUGAUAGUUCUUUGUUUCUGUGCCUAUUGUCUUUGUCACAUCAUAUCUGUCUGUGUCAGCUUUUAGUUUAGGGAGAAGACUAUGCAUUGUACAAGAACUCAGUCAAAAGGAAAAUCUGUUCGAUAUUAGUGCACAGUUCUAUUUUUAGGGCUUAAAACGACUCACUUGCUAUUCAAGAUUAUGGGUGUGCAUGCAUGCAGUUCAAUGCCGUACUCAAUGUUUGAGUUUGACAGUAUGAUUUGAUAGUAGCACAUGUCACACAUUUAUCACUAUUAUGACUCUUCUUACAUCAACACUUAAAGCUACUUCUUAUUUGAAGGUCUAAGUAAUUUACGGUUUUGAUAGCUUUGUAGCUGCAGUUAGAUCUAUAAGACAGGGCCCACUGGGCACACACUGGUUGAAUCAACGUUGUUUCCACUUAAUUUCAAUGAAAAUACGUUGAACCAAUGUGAAAUAGAUGUUGAAUUGACAACUGUGCCCAGUGGAUGACUUCUACAGGGUGAGACAUCAUCUGUUCUUUUGCUCAGGGAGCAGAUUCGCAAAGGUCUGGAGGAGCUCCAGAGGGUACUUCCAGGGGGAGACACCUUUAUGCACGAGGGCAUCCAGAGGGUGAGCUGUGUACCUUUAGCUGAGCUCUGAGCUAGAAUCUAUCUCCAUUCUGGCUUAAGAACAAAGAACAUGGUUCAGAGCCAAAAUGGCACCUGUAUCAGUAUGGAAGAGUUACUGUAUUCACAGGACAGCUUUAACCAUUGUACUGUUUCAAUCCAAUUAAUCUUCUUUUACAGGCCAGUGAGCAGAUAUAUUAUGGAAACUCAGAAGGUGUGUAGUUAAAUAUAAUUUUUUCAAUUGUUUCCUGCUGGAAGUUUUCCAUGAUUAAUUUCUCAUGUCUAUCUGUUAGUCUGCCAUUAUUAUUUGGAUAGCGCUGUGGCAGCAUUUAGAUCCUAAUCAAAGAUUUUCUGUCUGUUGAUAGGAUACCGUACUGCCAGUGUCAUCAUAGCUCUCACAGAUGGAGAGUUGCAUGAGGACCUCUUCUACUAUGCUGAGAGAGAGGUAAGCACAGCCUGAGACAGAGUGAAAAAGAGAGAGGUAAACAGGAAACAUAGCCAGAGAGAGAGAGCGAGAGAAAGAGAGAGACGAGCCCACAAAUUGUAAACAGAAGCGGCACUCCUGUUGGCACAGAUCAAACAGCAGCACCAUAUACUUCACCUCAGUAGCACUUUGAUCCAUUCUUUUCAGAGAAGGAAAAGGGGGUCAAAGUUUCUGUCAGAUUUAUGUCUCCCAUCUGCCCGUGAAUAAAGAAGGCCCAGUCAUUUGCCACACAUCUGCACAAGGAACCAAUGAUUUAUCCCCCCAGACUGGGCUGGGACUGGGAGUGCAGGUGCAGCAGACGAGCAAAGCUAGGGCUGUUUAAUCAGAUCUGAGCACCCUUGGACACCCUUGAUGAAGUGAGGCAGAUUCUGUAUCUUUCUCAGUAGCUUUCAAAAUGUUGUGGGGAAAGUGCAACUUACCCUGAACAGGGAGCCUCGGAGCAAUAGCUUGAAGCUUUAUGCUGUCACUCAUAUUUAAUAAAAUUGUCAGCUCAGCUCUGAAGGGCCUUCUUUCAGAUGCUCAUGAAAUGUAACAUUUGACUCGUGGGCUCUAUUGGCUCUAGCCAGUAAAGGGUUUCCAUCAAAGUCUAAUUCUUUUUAGAAACGAUAUUGAAUAUCAGUCAGCAAGAACUCAAUGCUGUAUUAUCUCUUAGCUAUUACUCAAAUCUACGCCUCAGUGUCACAACACGUCCAGAGGAGCUAUCUGGAGUGUUAUCUGUGGUUGUGUGUUGGUUGAUAUCGUGCAAUGCAGUGCUUUAAUAGAUUCCAGGUGUUGACAGUCUUUCCUGUUUUUGCUCUCCUCUGUGAAUACCUGACAGGCCAACCGCUCGCGGAGUCUGGGUGCCUCCGUAUACUGUGUGGGGGUAAAGGACUUCAAUGAGACACAGGUUUGUUGACACAUCUUGCUUCCAUGUGCUCUGAUUUGACAUGGUAUCUCAAACUGUGUCCCAAACAUAAGAUGGAAAAGAGGUUGGUGGGAUUGUGAAAGUUCAGCAUGAACUGUAUGAUACUUUUCUCUUCCUCAGCUGGCAAAGAUUGCUGAUAGCAAGGACCAUGUAUUCCCAGUGAACGAUGGCUUUGAAGCACUGCAGGGGGUCAUUGAUUCAGUAAGAGAUUCAGACCUGACUACUAACACAAGGAAAGAAUAACAGCAUUUUUAAUAUGCACACUGCACCAUCCAUCCAGAGAUGGUGUUUGAUGAGGAAAUGGUUCCACAUGGAUCUCAUAUCCUCACUGUAGUACAUCUCUCUCAAUCCAUUAACACAUUACUCAAAUAGGAAAUGGGGGAAAAUAGGACAAAUGAAAACAAUAAACAGAAAUAUUCUGGCCAUCAAAACUCACCAGUAACAACAUUCCAGGAAAACAUGCUGUGACUUCCCAGCUUUUGAUCCAAGAUACUGGAGUAUUACCAAACAGGAUCAGUGUAGGCAUUCAUUAUAUAUUUUAGCUUCCACCUCAAAGGUAUUUACUUAUAUUUUUUGUAUCCGCUCGGCUGCUUGAAAAAGCAGAGGGAUGAAAGAAAAGGAGAGUCGUGGAGAGGCCACUGUCACCCGGGCACUGAGUUUCUCUAGCAGAGAUAGGGUCAGACCAGUUGACUGUCAUCUGGAUCCCAUUAAAAGCAUGCUGAAAGCUGCUGGCUCUGAGUCAAGGAAGAAAAAGGGCAGCAUGUUGUAAAUCAGUCUGAUCUUCAGGAAUACAACACAUACUUUCCCUAGACAGUGGGGGUAUAGAGAGAGAUAUACACCCAGAGCACAAGGACAGUGAGGAGCACAGAGACGAGAACAGGAGACCUCAAGCAGAUCAUAUUAUUGAGGUGCACUGGUACACACUGUUACUGUAAUUGACAGUAAAAGGAGUAUAGGGAUUAUAUUGUAAACCAAUACUCUCAACAAAGAAACACACAACCUUUUGUAACAGGUGUGAGAUACAGUGAGAAUGUCCAGACCUUGGCCCCAUGUCCCCCCUGUCUCCCUCCUUCUCACCUCUCACCUCCCUCCCCCAGAUAUUAAAGAAGUCCUGUAUUGAGAUCCUGGCGGCUGAGCCCUCCAGUAUCUGUGCAGGAGGUAAGUUUAUAGACCUCUGGCCCAACCAAUUUAUCCUCUCUGGCCUCUCAGGUCUUCACUAAAUCAUACAUUUAAAGGCCCCCACAUUGGAGGAAGAGAAGAAAAAUCUACUUUGGCAGGGCCAGGAGCCUGGUGUGCAGUAAAUAUCUGCUACACACAGUAGCAGCAACUUCAUUUGUCAUGAAAGAUUCAACCCAGACCUGGUCCCAACACCAUUUAACUACUGUACUAAGGACACAAAUCAUUACUUUCUUUUUCCGCUGUGUAAGGCUGCUCAGUCAUUGUCCAUUCUACAGUCUUACGACCCACCACUUUCCCCACUGUAAAAAUAAGUAUUUACGCUUCAUGUUUUCUGGGUUCUGUGGUAUUGGCUCCAGAGAGCCACUAUAUAUCCACAUGUCUGAACAACUGCAGUUGAAGUCUCAUUGACCGCAAGAUCUCAAUUAUCCAGUCAUCCAGAUAAAUAAUUUCUCUUCAACAACUACUAUGGUCAGGGCAUGGUGGUUUAGAAGGAGUUUGUUGGCAGAAUGUAACCAGAGUGUGAGAUGCUGAGAUGAUAGACUCAGAUGUUAGCCUGAACAGCUAUUACAUGUGGUGGGACAAAUUCAGUCACUGUGUUCCUCUCUUCUCCCUCCAGAAACUUUCCAGGUGGUGGUUAGAGGAAAUGGCUUCCUCCAUGCUCGGAAUGUCGAUAAGGUUCUGUGCAGUUUCCGAAUCAACGACACACUCACCAAGAGUAAGUGGAGUACAAACUGAAAAUAAAUAGACAAGGGUGCUGUUUUCUGUUUGUUUGAAUGGCUUGUUCAUAAUGCGUACAUAAUUUUCUAAUCAUGUAAUAAGAAACACAAAGACAUAAUUACUGCAGCUGCAAGAGUAAAACUGCUCAGGAAAUGUGUGACCAACGUGGUGAGUUAUGAGUUAGACAUGGUAAAAGUCAAUGUUUACCUAUUGAUGUCUCACAAUGCUUCCCAAAAGUGCUCUUCAGGAGUGCAGCAGGGGUCCUCAAUGCCCAAACAAGUGCCCAUGCCAUUUGUUCCUGGUAUUACUGGUUUGUGUAUUUAAAGGGUACAUUGUGCUUUAACGGCCUGGGACUGUGCCAGAGCCAGAAAAUCAAGGGAAAACAGUGCCACACAGAAGUCAGUGAGGAGGAAAGUCCUGGAGGCACAUCCAAGUUCCCCUGUGGUCUUUAGAAGUGGCCUAAUGGAUGUGUGAGACCAGCCCCCUCCGAUGCCUGCCGACAUGUAGCUGUGGGAGGCCAUGCUCUAAUUACAAAACAAAGAGAAAAUAGCCAGUGCUGAUGCACAAGCAAGUCUGAAGUCUGGGCCUGAAGGGAAGAGAAAAAUAGGAUGCUUAGGCUGGAAGAGGUUUUACCCUCAACAGCUGAAUGUCAGAACAGGGUCUGGAGAAAAGACCCAUGCACGAAGUUGAUGUCCAUUCUAAGGUAAGUUAUUGGCCUUCAUUCUGAAGGUCUGAAUUGCAAUGAAAGAUUUAAUCUAUGGAAUUUUGUAGCAGAUCCAAGCACAGUCUUCAGCUCCAUUCAAUAUUAUGGUUUAAUAACUUUUACAGUAUGGUGCUGCUUAGCAUGAAUGACCUAGGGACCGCUAACACAUUUAUUCUACUCUGAAGAAGAGUGAUGAAGAGAAUGGUUUACGGUGACCCAGAAUGUUAAUUGUUUGUAUGUAAUUAAACAUCCAACUCCCCACAGACAAGCGGAAGACAUGGAAACAAUUUAGGAAAAGAGGAUACACAGCUGUUUACCACUGUCCAGUAGAGCAUGUAUACCCCUAAACCGUAUAGUCAUUUCAGACACAGCAGGGGCCACCUAUAAAUGGCUAUUGGAUUAUUGUUUCCUGUGGUCGAGUGUCAUUGGUCUCAUAUGAUUGAUUCACCUUGUCCCAUGUUGGGCUCUCCUGUUAUCUGCAGAACCCCUAACCACCACAUACAUCAUCCCCCCUCUACAGCCUCUCCAUAACCUACAAAAGUUUGGAGCCCUCGUUGGAAAGGAGAAAUGUGUGCAGUUGAAGUCGGAAGUUUACAUACACUUAGGUUAGAGUCAUUAAAACUCAUUUUCCAACCACUCCACAAAUGUCUUGUUAACAAACUAUAGUUUUGGCAAGUCGGUUAGGACAUCUACUUUGUGCAUGACACAAGUAAUUUUUCCAACAAUUGUUUACAGACAGAUUAUUUCAAUUAUAAUUCACUGUAUCACAAUUCCAGUGGGUCAGAAGUUUACAUACACUAAGUUGACUGUGCCUUUUAAACAGCUUGGAAAAUUCCAGAAAACGAUGUCAUGGCUUUAGAAGCUUCUGAUAGGCUAAUUGACAUCAUUUGAGUCAAUUGGAGGUGUACCUGUGGAUGUAUUUCAAGGCCUACCUUCAAACUCAGUGCCUCUUCACUUGACAUCAUGGGAAAAUCAAAAUAAAUCAGCCAAGACCUCAUAAAAAAAUAUUUGGACCUCCACAAGUCUGGUUCAUCCUUGGGAGCAAUUUCCAAACACCUGAAGGUACCAUGUUCAUCUGUACAAACAAUAGUACGCAAGUAUAAACACCAUGGGACCACGCAGCCGUCAUACCGCUCAGGAAGGAGACACGUUCUGUCUCCUAGAGAUGAACGUACUUUGGUGCGAAAAGUGCAAAUCAAUCCCAGAACAACAGCAAAGGACCUUGUGAAGAUGCUGGAGGAAACAGGUACAAAAGUAUCUAUAUCCACAGUAAAACGAGUCCUAUAUCGACAUAACCUGAAAGGCCACUCAGCAAGGAAGAAGCCACUGCUCCAAAACCGCCAUAAAAAAGCCAGACUACGGUUUGCAACUGCACAUGGGGACAAAGAUCGUACUUUUUGUAGAAAUGUCUUCUGGUCUGAUGAAACAAAAAUAGAACUGUUUGGCCAUAAUGACCAUCAUUAUGUUUGGAGGAAAAAGGGGGGAACUUGCAAGCCGAAGAACACCAUCCCAACCAUGAAGCACGGGGGUGGCAGCAUCAUGCUGUGGUGGUGCUUUGCUGCAGGAGGGACUGGUGCACUUCACAAAAUAGAUGGCAUCACGUGGAAGGGAAAUUAUGUGGAUAUAUUGAAGCAACAUCUCAAGACAUCAGUCAGGAAGUUAAAGCUUGGUUGCAAAUGGGUCUUCCAAAUGGACAAUGACCCCAAGCAUACUUCCAAAGUUGUGGAAAAAUGGCUUAAGGACAACAAAGUCAAGGUAUUGGAGUGGCCAUCACAAAGCCCUGACCUCAAUCCUAUACAAAAGUUGUGGGCAGAACUGAAAAAGCGUGUGCGAGCAAGGAGGCCUACAAACCUGACUCAGUUACACCAGCUCUGUCAGGAGGAAUGGGCCAACAUUCACCCAACUUAUUGUGGGAAGCUUGUGGAAGGCUACCCGAAACGUUUGACCCAAGUUAAACAAUUUAAAGGCAAUGCUACCAAAUACUAAUUGAGUGUAUGUAAACUUCUGACCCACUGGGAAUGUGAUGUAAGAAAUAAAGCUGAAAUAAAUCAUUCUCUCUACUAUUAUUCUGACAUUUCAUAUUCUUAAAAUAAAGUGGUGAUCCUAACUGACCUAAGACAGGGAAUGUUUACUAUGAUUAAAUGUCAGGAAUUGUGAAAAACUGAGUUUAAAUGUAUUUGGCUAAGGUGUAUGUAAACUUCCGACUUCAACUGUAGCUACAUGUGUUCAGCAGCUGAAUGGAUGUCUCAGUAUAUGUCUCCAGGAAAAGCAGCAGCAGCAAAUAUAGGCCCUCUGAGCUUUGGCAGUGAAGACACGUCAUGGGCAUUCUUUCCUCCCUGUGACAGAUGUUGCCCUGAUGGCUCCAGUGAGCAGCAGCAUGGAGAUAUGUGAAGAAUGAGAAUCCACACCUGGUGACGUGAUAAAAGGAGGGGGAUUAGGAGGAAUAGUCAUUUUAUUGGGAUUGCAUUGUCCUCCAGAAAUCUUUCACAGCCACAUUAUGGUAUUGUCAGUAGCUAUGUCCUGUUGUAUUGUCCCAGUAUUAGUUGAACAAUCUUUUGAGAUGGUAUGAACUAGUGGAGUUGAGAUUGGCUUCUUUGCAAUUAAUUCAGGGAUUGAAAUGGAUUUGGAACUUUACCUACACUGCCAUGGACCUGGAAUUAAAAUGGACUUGACCUCAAAUGUGUCUGAUCUGAGGGAUCCUACUGGACACUUAGUCAUCUCAAUGAGAGGCUAGUCACUGAUCAGCACAGACUGUAAUUUAUUGAGUAAGAUUAAACUGUGAGCAUGUCUACACUCAGCAGUAAAGCUUGACCUUUUCUCAUGUGCACAGAGUAAACAGUGUAAUAAAGUGUGAGAUGAAGCAAAGCUGUUGGCCAGCAUCUAGAUCCCUACACUGUUUAUUCAGCUGUCCCCAUAGGAGAACCCUUUUUGGUUCAGGUAGAAUAACCCUUUUUGGUUCCAUGUAGAACCCUUUUGGGUUCUGUAUAGAACCCUCUGUGGAAAUGGUUCUACAUAGAACCCAAAAAGGUUCUACCUGAAACCAAAAAGGGUUCUUCAAAGGGUUCUCCUAUGGGGACAGCCAAAGAACCCUUUUAGGUUCUAGAUAGCGCCUUUUCUUCUAAGAGUGAAUGGUAUUAAAUAGUAGAAAUAUGACCACCAGAUUUGGUCCCCGAUGGGCCCCGAUAACCUGAGAGAAAGACCAGAGAGUAUUUUGUAGCCAGCCAGCCAGUCAGUCAGUCAGUCAGUCAGUCAGUCAAUCUGCCUUAAAAGAGGCUCUCAGUUCUCUCGGUCCCCUUUGAUAGUUUAAGUCCAUGCGGAGUGUAAGGUGGGUGACCGCUCAGUUGAACUCUGAGUGGGAUAUCUGGCUGAGUUUGUGUUGGCUCUGAGCUCAGCUUGGCAGGCAGCGGUAUUGAUCUCCUGCUCCCCAGUCUUCCCCUCCAUCCUGCAGGGUGUUACUGGAGAGGAGAGGAGCCGUCAUCCGUUUGCUGUGGAGCACUCAUGUUGAUUUCCUCAGUGCCGGGGUAUGUUCACCCUGAGCCAGGAUAAACAGGCAGUCUUGGGCAAUGACGAUGCUCACUGGAUCUCUUUUCAAAAGUUUCAUAAAUUGGACAUAGGAAGAAUCAAGGUUCUCUUAAAAAAAUGAUGACUAUGCUUUUAAUCAUAUUUUGUCUUUGCUCUGUGUCAAAUGGGUGUACAUGUCUAGACUAGAGGUAUCGAAAUCUGGUCCUCAAGCAUCUCUGUAUUAUGUUAGAUUGGUCUUAAUUGAGUUACCAUCAGAUACUGUAUAUGACAUCCGUGCUGUUGUCAUCACUAAUCAGUUUGUCCUGUCACAGUCCAAUACCAAUAAUCCAAUUAGAUUUUGACAUUUCAUGAUCAUUAGUCAAUGAACUCCAGACAUCAGUUGAAGAAAUAUGUGGGACAUGAUAUACAUCUAAGCUCAUGAUAUACAUAUGCAGCUGCUCCACUUCUCAAAAGGUCAAUGGGUUCUGAUCUGUGCAGUCUGAAUACACUCUGACUACAGCAGAACCAAUAUGGUUUGUGUAUGAGUCAAUGUUGUGACCCUUCGUUCUCCUGUACUCCUCUAGGUGUGAAGCCAUUAAUAGUGGAAGAUACAUAUCUCCUCUGUCCUGCCCCCAUUCUACAGGAAGAGGGAAUGUAAGUACUAUCAUCACUGAAAGAAUAUCAGUUUUUCUCUUUACCUGCUGUUUAUCUGCUGAUGUUUCUGUCACCCAUCCUCACCACACUCUAUCUCUUUACACCCACGCUGUGUUCCAGGGCAGCCAAACUCUAUGUCAGCAUGAAUGAAGGUCUCAGUUUCAUCUCCAGUUCAGUCACCAUUACAACAGUGGGCUGUGUAAGUACAACAUGCACCACCCCACUGUGCACCACAACUAUGUGCUAUGCAGUACCCCCAUCAAAGACUCACAUGAACCAAUAACUGUUUCAAACUAUCACUUAUUAUGUUAGUCCCCUGUAGUUACACGAUUACAGGCUCUAACUUUCUGAUGGGUCUCAGCCUUUGCACCGUGGUGGAACAUGCAGGUCAGUAGAGAGUGAGUUUGACCUGUGUCCUUCUCUGUUUGUCCCAGUCUGAUGGAACCAUCCUGGCCAUCGCCCUGCUCAUCCUCAUGCUGCUUUUAAUCCUCAUGAUUCUCUGGUGGUUCUGGCCUCUCUGCUGCACUGUGGUGAGUCACAUACACUAUCUGUCACAUUCACACUCAUGGACAGUGUCUUACAAGCGUGAACCUUUUUAAUGUUGUAUUUUAUUUAUUAAAGACAAAUUGCCCUAUAUGGUAGACCUACACUACCAGUCAAAAGUUUGGACACACCUACUCAUUCAAGGGUUUUUCUUUAUUUUUACUAUUUUCUACAUUGUAGAAUAAUAGUGAAGACAUCAAAACUAUGAAAUAACACAUAUGGAAUCAUGUAGUAAAUAAAAAAGUGUUAAACAAAUCAAAGUAUAUUUUAUAUUUGAGAAUCUUUAAAUAGCCACCAUUUGCCUUGAUGACAGCUUUGCACACUCUUGGCAUUCUCUCAACCAGCUUCACCUGGAAUGCUUUUCCAACAGUCUUGAAGGAGUUCCCACAUAUGCUGAGCACUUGUUGGCUGCUUUUCCUUCACUCUGCGGUCUGACUCAUCCCAAACCAUAUCAAUCGGGUUGAGGUUGGGGGAUUGUGGAGGCCAGGUCUUCUGAUGCAGCACUCCAUCGCUCUCCUUCUAGGCAAAAUAGCCCUUACACAGCCUGGAGGUAUGUUGGGUCAUUGUCCUGUUGAAAAACAAAUGAUAGUCCCAAUAAGCCCAAACCAGAUGGGAUGGCGUAUCGCUGUAGAAUGCUGUGGUAGCCAUGCUGGUUAAGUGUGCCUUGAAUUCUAAAUAAAUCACAGACAGUGUCACCAGCAAAGCACCCCCACACCAUAACACCUCCUCCUCCAUGCUUUACGGUGGGAAAUACACAUGAAGAGAUCAUCCGUUCACCCACACCAUGUCUCACAAAGACACGCCGGUUGGAACCAAAAAUCUCCAAUUUGGACCAAAGGACACAUUUCCACCGGUCUAAUGUCCAUUGCUCGUGUUUCUUGGCCCAAGCAGGUCUCUUCUUCUUAUUGGUGUCCUUUAGUAGUGGUUUCUUUGCAGCAAUUCGACCAUGAAGGCCUGAUUCACACAGUCCCCUCUGAACAGUUGAUAUUGAGAUGUGUCUGCUACUUAAACUCUGUGAAGCAUUUAUUUGGGCUGCAAUCUGAGGUGCAGUUAACUCUAAUGAACUUAUCCUCUGCAGCAGAGGUAACUCUGGGUCUUCCAUUCCUGUGGCGGUCCUCAUGAGAGACAGUUUCAUCAUAGCGCUUGAUGGUUUUUGCGACUGCACUUGAAGAAACUUUAAAAGUUCUUGACAUUUUCUGUAUUGACUGACCUUCAUGUCUUAAAGUAAUGAUGGACUGUCGUUUCUCUUUGCUUAUUUGAGCUGUUCUUGCCAUAAUAUGGACUUGGUCUUUUACCAAAUAGGGCUAUCUUCUGUAAACUCCCCCUACCUUGUCACAACACAACUGAUUGGCUCAAACGUAUUAAGAAGGAAAGAAAUUCCACAAAUUAACUUUUAAGAAGGCACACCUGUUAGUUGAAAUGCAUUCCAGGUGACUACCUCAUGAAGCUGGUUGAGAGAAUGCCAAGAGUGUGCAAAGCUGUCAUCAAGGCAAAGGGUGGCUAAUAUAUUUUGAUUUCUUUAACACUUUUUUGGUUAUUACAUGAUUCCAUAUGUUAUUUAAUAGUUUUGCUGUCUUCACUAUUAUUCUACAAUGUAAAAAAUAGUAAAAAUAAAGAAAAACCCUGGAAUGAGUAGGUGUGUCCAAACAUUUGACUGGUACUGUAUGUGUAGCUUACAGUAUUCCCAGUUACAGUUAUAGCUGCUCAAUGUUUUGUUAGCCAUGGACACACCCCAAGCAUGUAUUUUCCUAUAGAUUGAGCCAAGUGAAUUUGAGGAAAAUACAGAUUAUCAAUAUUUACUAAACAUCUAAAUUAUUUUAAUAUUCUUCUACAUCAUCACAGGGCUCUGCCAAAAUCCAACAGAAGGAGCUGGUAGUUAAAAGCGUACAUGUCUGUGAAUAUGUCCUUUUUCCUAGAACACAUUUUACACAGGGUUCCUUGAAUUUCAUCAUAGCUGAAAACAGAAAAACAAGUGAGCGUGGAGCAUAGACUCGCAUGCCUUUUACUAUCCCCCACCCCCUUUCUAUGGAAGGCAGAUUUGUAAGUCAGUGGUUUGUAAAUAGUAGGAAAAAAGAGAGAGGAAAACAAUUCCUGAGCCAUGUGUUUUCAUGUAACCCUGUUUUUGGCACACAUUACUGUGACAUAUAUUUUAAUGUGUUUUUGAAGUACAUGUAUGUUUUCUUACAUGCUUGUAACGAAUGUAAACUCCCCCCCCCCCCCCCCCCCCUUUCACCAUAGAUUAUCCAUGAGCCACCACCACCAGUAGUAGAAGACAGUUCGGUAGGUAAACACUUUAUUAUAUAUACUUUUGGGGUGUGGGUUCAUAGAUUUUCCCCAGUAUGUCGAACUUCAUAGACUUUUUAUAGUUCUAUAUGUCUCCAGAAGAAAAGUUUCCUUUCACUCACUGUUACACAAUGAUAUGGCUGUUAAAUUAUGUAAUGGCCAUUAAGCAGAACAUAAAUAAACUUGCUGCCAUUUGUUUUAUAGUUAAAGUAGUCAUUCUUUUGUGGAGAUUUUUACUGAACAACAGUUAUCCUUAAUGUAUAUUCCCCAUCCACAAGGGAGAUACACUAGGCUACAAGGAUAGUGGACUGACUGACAUGUAGCAAAACCAUUUGGAAUGUUAAUAGGUAUAGGAAGCCAUUGCUUAUGGUCCAUUUUCUUCAAUAACCUAAAAAAUCACUGACCAUUUGUAAUAUUCCCUUUGAUUUUAUAGACUGACAUAUGACCAAGAUGUUUUUUCCUCCCAAUUGCUGUGGUUUUGUCUUUGAACCUCAGACAAGAAAUGCCAUGAUAUACAAAUCAGCCAGAGGACAACACCCUCCCACUAUGAAGCCGUCUUUCCCCUCAGCUCAUCUUGUCCUAAACCACCCCUUACUCUCAGCAAAUGCAUUCUGAUAAAAAAGCUGAGAAUAAUUGUCCCUUUACUUCACUAUAUGGGAUACUCUUUAGUAUAAGGUUUAAAUUAAGGCCUUAUUUAAGAGCCAUCUGUUUUGGAGUCCCUUCCUUGAAUUCCCUCAGGGAAUUCACUGACUAAUCUGAUUAAUCAAAUAAUACUUCACAAUUAUAUUUUCUUCACAAUAAUACUUCACAAUAAAUAUUUUCACAGUGAACAACAGACAGCAUCGCAAAUGACUCUAGUUACAAAACAUUCUCAACUAGCAACAUAAUUCUAUCCAGGUCAUAUGUGACUCAUUUUAAUGACACUACGAGUUUUUACAGCCCAUACUCAUUUAAUAAAUGUUGCAAUUAUUUUCCUUUUAGUAUAAACCUUUGUUCCAUUUUUGGAUGCAACUUUGGUUGUAAAGUCAGGAAAGAAUAGAGAAGCUGCCAAAAAGGUUUAUAGUGACACAGUCCAAUUACUUUUCUUCUCAACUUACUUGUAUAUCAUAGGUUUACCAGUCCUUUUAGAUGUUGUUUUUGUAAGAUAUUGUCAUAAAAUCCCUAUAUUAACCCAGCACAUGGAAUGUACACAAAAAGGGUGAAGUAAUCAUCUCCCCCACUCCUUUAAUUCAAUUAAAUCAUACAGGAGGGCUCUCCACCAGUUUUCUGGGAAGCUUUUUGCCCAUUGUCCGUGUCUCUCUGACGAUCUGUGAGGGCGAUGACGUCAGCCUGUUGUUAUUUCCGCCUCCUCUCUGGCAGGCCCUGAUCAUAGGCCUGAUGGAUUCGAUUAGUCUGAAUCUGGGCCUAUUAAAGAGCUGAAACAUGAGGAGGGGGGCUGUGGGCUCUGUCAUUUCCUCUGACCUGACGCAUGCCAUGGACAGGACGGGAGGUGAGGAGACGAGGGGGAGAGAGAGGAGAUGGAGACUGACUUAGACAUAAAAAGGAAAUCAUACCCAGGGCCUGAAAUAUUAGAUUUAGAGUAGGGUAUAUGAGAGAUGGAGAUGGAGAGGCAGGGUGCUUGGUGUAUAGGCUGUACCUCAGAACCAACAGUGCCAGUGUGUAUGAAAUGAUCAAUCAUCUCACAACCUGAAUUUUGAUUAACCCUGUCUAGGACACUGUGAAAAGAGUGGGAUCUUUACACAUGCCUUUACACUAUCUCUCUCUCCCCCACCACAGGAUGAGGAAGAAGAUGGGAUGCCUAAGAAGAAGUGGCCCACGGUCGAUGCCUCCUACUAUGGGGGCAGAGGUGUUGGUGGAAUCAAAAGGAUGGAGGUGAGCUUCCCUGGAACCGUGCUGCAUUUAAGCUCAGACAAGCAGAUUUCAUUAUACUGCACUGUACCUGCCCUCACUCUCCUGUCAAUCUACAGCUGUCCUCUCCAUGCUAUUUGAUCUAGGAACUCUGUUUGACAGAUCAGCAAUGGCAAACAACCAAGCACACUCUUAGUGGUUGGCCGUGCACACCCCCAUUCACAUCGACGGGGCUGUAGUGGUACGGGUCGAGAGCUUCAAGUUCCUCGGUGUCCACAUCACUAAGGACUUAUUGUGGUCCAAACACACAAACACAGUCGUGAAGAGGGCACGACAACGCCUCUUCCCACUCAGGAGGCUGCAAAGAUUUGGCAUGGGCCCUCAGAUCCUCAUAAAGUUCUACAGCUGCACCGUCGAGAGCAUCUUGACUGGCUGCAUCACCGCUUGGUAUGGCAACUGCUUGGCAUCUGACUGCAAGGCUCUACAGAGGGUAAUGCGUACAGCCCAGUACACCAUUGGGGCCAAUCUCACUGCCAUCCAGGAUCUCUGUGUCAGGCGGUGUCAGAGGAAGGCCCUAAAAAUGGUCAAAGACACCAGCCACCCAAGUCAUAGACUGUUCUCUCUGCUAUCGCAUGGCAAGCAGUACUGAUGCACCAAGUCUGGAAACAACAGACCCUGAGCAGCUUCUACCCCCAAGCCAUAAGACUGCUAAAUAGUUAAAUAGAUAACCAAAGAGCUAGCCAGACUAUCUGCAUUGACCCUUUUUGCGCAAACUUUUUUGACUCAUCAUAUACGCUGCUGCUACUGUUUAUUAUCUAUCCUGUUGCCUAGUUACUUUAUGUACAUUACCAGUCAAAAGUUUGGACACACCUACUCAUUCCAGGGUUUUUCUUUAUUUUUACUAUUUUGUACAUUGUAGAAUAAUAGUGAAGACAUCAAAACUAUGAAAUAACACAUAUGGAAUCAUGUAGUAACCAAAAAAGAGUUAAAAAAAUCAAAAUAUAUUUGAGAUUCUUCAAAUAGUCACCAUUUGCCUUGAUGACAGCUUUGCACACUCUUGGCAUUCUCUCAACCAGCUUCAUGAGGUAGUCACCUGGAAUGCAUUUCAAUUAACAGGUGUGCUUAAAAGUUAAGUUGUGCAAUUUAUUUCCUUCUUAAUGCAUUUGAGCCAAUCAGUUGUGUUGUGACACGGUAGGGGGGGUAUACAGAAGAUAGCCCUAUUUGGUAGACAUAAAGGUCAGUCAAUACGGAACAUUUCAAGAACCAUCAAGAGCUAUGAUGAAACUGGCUCUCAUGAGGACCGCCACAGGAAUGGAAGACCCAGAGUUACCUCUGCUGCAGAGGAUAAGUUCAUUAGAGUUACCAGCCUCAGAAAUUCAGCUCAAAUAAAUGCUUCACAGAGUUCAAGUAACAGACACAUCUCAACAUCAACUGUUCAGAGGGGACUGUGUGAAUCAGGCCUUCAUGGUCAAAUUGCUGCAAAGAAACCACUACUAAAGGACACCAAUAAGAAGAAGAGACCUGCUUGGGCCAAGAAACACAAGCAAUGGACAUUAGACCAGUGGAAAUGUGUCCUUUGGUCUGGAGACCAAAUUUGAGAUUUUUGGUUCCAACCGCCUUGUCUUUGUGAGACGUGGUGUGGGUGAACGGAUGAUCUACGCAUGUGUAUUUCCCACCGUAAAGCAUGGAGGAGGAGGUGUUAUGGUGUGGGGGUGCUUUGCUGGUGACACUGUCUGUGAUUUAUUUAGAAUGGUUUGGGCUUAGUGGGACUAUCAUUUGUUUUUCAACAGGACAAUGACCCAACACACCUCCAGGCUGUGUAAGGGCUAUUUUACCUAGAAGGAAAGUGAUGGAGUGCUGCAUCAGAUGACCUGGCCUCCAUAAUCCCCCGACCUCAACCCAAUAUAAAUGGUUUGGGAUGUGUCGGACCGUAGCAUGAAGGAAAAACAGCCAACAAGUGCUCAGCAUAUGUGGGAACUCCUUCAAGACUAUUGGAAAAGCAUUCCAUGUGAAGCUGGUUGAGAGAAUGCCAAAGAGUGUGCAAAGAUGUCAUCAAGGCAAAGGGUGGCUAUUUGAAGAAUCUCAAAUAUAAAAUAUAUUUUGAUUUGUUUAACACUUUUUUGUUUUCUACAUGAUUACAUAUGUGUUAUUUCAUAGUUUUGAUGUCUUCACUAUUAUUCUACAAUGUAAAAUAAUAGUAAAAAUAAGUAGGUGUGUCCAGACCUUUGACUGGUAGUGUACAUAUCUACCUCAAUUACCUUGUACCCCUGCACAACGACAUGGUACUGGUACUCCCUGUAUAUAGCCAAGCUAUUCUUACUCAUUGUGUAUGUAUUCCUUGUGUUAUUAUUUUUCUAUUUUUAUCUCUGGAUUGUUGGGAAUGGCCGUAAGUAAUCAUUUCACUGUUAGUCUACACCUGUUGUUUACAAAGCAUGUGACAAAUUGAAUGUGCCUGGUUGAAAUGAAGCUAGACAUGUUAAAAAAUCUCUGCUUGUUAUUUGUCAGGUGCGUUGGGGUGAGAAAGGCUCUACUGAGGAGGGAGCCAAGCUGGAGAAGGCCAAGAACGCCAGGGUGAAGAUACCCGAGCAGGAGUUCAUACAGUCCCCCACCCGCAUUCUCAACAAUGGCAUGCGCAAGCCUCCAGGCCCUCACAAGUGGUACUCACCAAUCAAGGUAUUGACAUGGCCAUUAUAAAAGAAACACAUUGCACACAAAGCUGUCAAGUUCAAUCACAUACUCAACAUGGCUUCCUAUAUUAUAUACACUGAGUGUACAAAACACUAUGAACAUGACAUAGACUGACCAGGUGAAUACAGGUGAAAGCUAUGAAUCCCUUAUUGAUGUCACUUGUUAAAUCCACUUCAAUCAGUGUAGAUGAAGGGGAGGAGACAGGUUAAAGAAGGAUUCUUAAGCCUUGAGACAAUUGAGACAUGGAUUGUGUAUGUGUGCCAUUCAGAGGGUGAAUGGGCAACACAAAAUAUUGAAGUGCCUUUGAACGGGGUAUGGUAGUAGGUGCCAGGCGCACCGGUUUAUGACAAGAACUGCAGCGCUGCUGGGUUUUUCAUGCUCAACAGUUUCCCGUGUGUAUCAAGAAUGGUCCACCGCCCAAAAGACAUCCAGCCAACUUGACACAACUGUGGGAAGCAUUGGAGUCAACAUGGGCCAGCAUCCCUGUGGAACGCUUUCGACACCUUGUAGAGUCCAUGCCCCGACGAUUUGAGGCUGUUCUGAGGGCAAAAGGGGGGGUGCAACUCAAUAUUAGGAAGGUUCUUAAUGUUUUGUAUAUUCUGUGUAUAGACUAAUAGAAUGGGUUGAAGCUGGAGUUGAUUAUGUAGGAAUUUGAUGUGGGAUCCUUUAGUGUUGGGGUCCCAGUCCUUAGGUGACCACUGGCAUGGUCCCCUACACACAGAGCCAGGAGCUAGUUAAAUGCGUUGUUCUAUACAUCCUGACAGUCAGCAGGGGAUGGCUAAUAGAAACCAGAUACACACUUGACUGACCUCCAAGGGACAAGGGCUGCAGAGCUAGCACUUUAGUGAAGAAAAACAGAUUAUUUAACCUCUUAGCAGUGGCUGGGUCUAUGCAGAAUUCACAAUGAUCAAAUAUAGUUUGAUAUAUAAUAUAAUUCAUGUAAAGUAUGACUAUGGAGUGUAAAUAUACAUGCUGUAUAGCGACUUAUAGUCACAAUACACACAAACCCACAAAUAAACAUGCACAAAAAGCAUCUUAAAGGUCUUAUUGGUAUUGCGUACUGCUUUGUGAUUGCAGGGAAAAUUGGACGCUCUGUGGGUGUUGCUGUCGAAAGGCUAUGACCGCGUGUCUGUGUUGAGACCACACCCAGGAGACAAGGUAAGAGCCAACAAGCUGGAUACAUGUAGACCGAGCAAGGCUCAUGUGAGGACAAUAACCAGGCCCACUUCUACUAGCCAACUCUGACUGCUUCAAAUUGAACCCAAUGCUCUCUGAAACACGUCAUGGUUUCCAUGGCAGGAAAAUGACUUCUCUUUGCAAUUUUCCUGAUCCAGCAACCUGUAACCAACUGACAUGUGCAGUAACACAAUUGUUCUGUACAGGCGUCUCUAAAACAUAUACUUUAGCUGUGCUAUUAUAUCACCACAUGAUGUUUAUUGACCUGUUUAAAUCUCUCAGACAGAAAGGUUGUGACGUUCAACUAUUUAACAAUAAGGUAUUACCACCCCCUAGUGCAUUGAAAAAUAAAUGUGCUUGUCUUUUCCUACUAGCACUGACUUUGCUGAUAACUACUUUGUUGGGGGAAAAUGUACUUGCUGCGAUUUAUAUAUUUUGUUGUCUCACCUAGCUAUCUUCAGAUGAAUGCACUAAUGUAAGUCGCUCUGGAUAAGAGUGUCUGCUAAAUGACACAUGUAAAUAAAAUAAAUAAAUAAAAUAAAUAUACACUACCAUUCAAAAGUUUGGGGUCACUUAGAAAUGUCCUUGUUUUCAAAAGAAAAACAAUUUUUAAGUCCAUUAAAAUAACAUCAAAUUGAUCAGAAAUACAGUGUAGACAUUGUUAAUGUUGUAAAUGGCUAUUGUAGCUGGAAAUGGCUGAUUUUUAAUGGAAUAUCUACAUAGGUGUACAGAGGCACAUUAUCAGCAACCAUCAGUCCUGUGUUCCACUGGCACGUUGUGUUUGCUAAUCCAAGUUUAUCAUUUUAAAAGGCUAAUUGAUCAUUAGAAAACCCUUUUGAAAUUAUGUUAGCACAGCUGAAAACUGUUGUGCUGAUUAAAGAAGCAAUAAAACUGGCCUUCUUGAGACUAGUUGAGUAUCUGGAGCAUCAGCAAUUGUGGGUUCGAUUACAGGCUCAAAAUGGCCAGAAUCAAAUAACUUUCUUCUGAAACUCGUCAGUCUAUUCUUGUUAUGAGAAAUGAAGGCUAUUCUAUGCGAGAAAUUGCCAAGAAACUGAAGAUCUCGUACAACGCUGUGUACUACUCCCUUCACAGAACAGCACAAACUGGCUCUAACCAGAAUAUAAAGAGGAGUGGGAGGCCCCGGUGCACAACUGAGCAAGAGGACAAAUACAUUAGAUGUCUAGUUUCAGAAACAGGCAACUCACAGGUCCUCAACUGGCAGCUUCAUUAAAUAGUACCCACAAAACACCAGUCUCAACGUCAACAGUGAAGAGGCGACUCCGGGAUGCUGACCUUCUAGGCAGAGUUGCAAAGAAAAAGCCAUAUCUCAGACUGACCAUCUUAAUCUUUUAUUUUUAUUGGCCAGUCUGAGAUAUGGCUUUUUGUUUUUAUUUGGUGACGCAUUUAGUCAUUUAGCAGACACUCUUAUCCAGAGCGACUUACAGUUAGUGAGUGCAUACAUUUUUCAUACUUUUUUCAUACUGGCCCCCCGUGGGAAACCCACAACCCACAAACCCACAACCCUGGCAUUGCAAGCGCCAUGCUCUACUAACUGAGCUACAGGACGCAUUAAUCAGGCUUUGCAUAGGGGUUGGCAGGAGUACAUUCUGAAACAACAGAAAAUGUAGCAACAGAAAUGGGUACAGCUGUUAGCAAUAAAGCACACAUAGAAAGAGAGGACUGAUGGGAAAACUGACUUUAGAAAACUUGACAUAAUGUAUCCCAAUUUAAAUCAAAUCGGCACCGGCUAGUUGAGGUAGUUGAAGUAAUAUGUACAUGUGGGUAGAGUUAAAGUGACUAUGCAUAAAUAAUUAACAGAGUAGCAGCAGCGUAAAAAGAUGGGGUGGGGGGGCAGUGCAAAUAGUCCGGGUAGCCAUGAUUAGCUGUUCAGGAGUCUUAUGGCUUGGGGGUAGAAGCUGUUGAGAAGUCUUUUGGACCUAGACUUGACACUCCGGUACCGCUUGCCGUGCGGUAGCAGAGAGAACAGUCUAUGACUAGGGUGGCUGGAGUCUUUUUGACAAUUUUGAGGGCCUUCCUCUGACACCGCCUGGAAGUCCUGGAUGGCAGGAAGUUUGGCCCCAGUGAUGUACUGGGCCGUACGCACUACCCUCUGUAGUGCCUUGCGGUCGGAGGCCAAGCAGUUGCCAUACCAGGCGGUGAUGCAACCAGUCAGGAUGCUCUCGAUGGUGCAGCUGUAUAAUUUUUUGAGGAUCUGAGGACCCAUGCCAAAUCUUUUCAGUCUCCUGAGGGGGAAUAGGCUUUGUCGUGCCCUCUUCACGACUGUCUUGGUGUGUUUGGACCAUGAUAGUUUGUUGGUGAUGUGGACACCAAGGAACUUGAAGCUCUCAACCUGUUCCACUACAGCCCCGUCGAUGAGAAUGGGGGCGUGCUCAGUCCUCUUUUUUUUCCUGUAGUCCACAAUCAUCUCCUUUGUCUUGGUCACGUUGAGGGAGAGGUUGUUCAUUUAAAGAAUUCACCCCCGUCUGCUGAACUCACUUUAGAGGGCGAUAUCUACUUGUCACGGAGACCGCCGAGGCUGCUCCUCCUCCUUGCUCGGGCAGGCUUCGGCGUUCGUCGUCCCCGGAGUACUAGCUACUACCGCUUGAUGUUUUCGAUGUUUGUUUGGUUAUGUCUAGUUGGUGCACCUGUCUCGUAUUCUGUCUUGAUUAUGUCUCCUAUAAGUUCCCCUGUGUUAGGUUUGCAUUUUGUGUGUUAUUGUCCGCCUGUCUUGUAUGUUUAGGUUCUGUGUCUUUGGCUUUUGUGGGAUUUACGCACUCGCGUAUUUGUUACACCUCUUGUGUUUUGGAGGCUGUUAUUUUGUGUGUACCUUAAGAGGUAUUGAGUAAAGUCGUCUUGACUAUUCCUCUGUGUCCUGCGCUUGACUCCACCACCACAUCCACAUCAGAACCUUGACACUACUAAGCUAACAUAUGGAGUUGUUUUAAGAUGGCCAUACCAUGGAUCAUUUUGCUAUUACAUUUUUUAUUCUCUGUAGGCAUAAAAAAGAAUAAAAACAUUAUUUGAUGAGACAUUGAAUUUGGCAUUACUGUUGUUAGCCCAUAGAAACGCAUUGAAUAACACAUUCAUACAUGGCAAACCAGAUAAAUCCAAAGGAAUUAUGUUUUUAAGUGUUCUUAUAUCUGAGUGAUAUGAGAAAGCUCAGGAUAUAUAUUUUUUUCUACCCCCUUUGUUUUGGCACAUUCCACCCCAUAUUCACUUUUAUUCAUUUCUACCACCCAGUACUGGGUUACCUUCAGACAACUCUUGUGAGCUUCUGAGUCUCAGACUUCGAUAGUGGGAUCCAAAUAGUUUCUAGUUCAAACCAUUCUGAUUCAGUGGAUUGCGACCAUUGAGCUAUAAAAGAACUGGACACAGCGUCCAAGAUGGCCGACCAUUGUUUUCAACGUACUCUACUCACGCUCACAUACACCAUAGAUCUGGUUUUACUGGGAUUACUACGCCUGUGGACAGACAGCUGGAUCACGCGAACAUGCUCCGGGAACUCUGCCAGCUCCGGGAGCGUGCCAAGCAUGUGGACAGCUAAACAAACCAACCGCCACUUCCACCUCUCCAGCUGGGCUCAUAAUGUCAGAGCAUGAAUAUAACAUUUGAAUAUCUUCGGCUGUGAGUGAUGGGGGGAAAAAACGGCAUCAACAACAAUUAUUUGAAUAAUUCAAUGCAUGUUUUGUGCACAAAGGUGAUGACUAAAGUCUCUUAUUAGGAAUUUUCAAAUUUUACUUCUCUAUGGGGCCGUCUAUGGGAAUUGUCUUUUUGGGCUGUAGAUUAGUUAAACAGCAAUACCGAAGCUGUCCUCUGGGAAUUCGAAAGCGUGCUUCCAGUGUCACGGAUUCAGCCGAGGCUGCCCCUCCUCCUUGCUCGGGCAGGCUUCGGCGUUCGUCGUCCCCGGAGUACUAGCUGCUACCGAUCUAUGUUUCUGUGUUUGACUUGUUUGGUCUUGAUUGUCUACACCUGUUUCCCAUUAUGUUGUAUUGUCUUCCCUAUUUAACCCUCUGUCUUUCAUUGUGUGUUGUGUGUGAUUGUAUUUCGUCAUCGGCAGUCGUUAGUGUGCGGGUUAUUUUCCUCCCUGUUUGGAGGUUGUAUGUACUCAGAUUACUCUGUAAACACACAAGGUUUUAUUUAAUAAAACGUGCUGACGUCACCGAUUUUCGUGCGGCCACGGACAUCGACGUCAGAUUGUAAGGGGAGGGGGGGGGGGGGGGGGGGUGAGAGAACAAAGAGGAAUAUUGAUUCUGUAGACUCUACUUCCUCCUUCACAGGUAGUUAAACCUGAAUUAAUGUUUAACUUUUCAGGGUGGAUGGAGCUGAAGUGCAUUGUCAGCAAAGUUCUUCAAUCAUGUCAUCUGAGGGAUGGGUCCAAACAAAGAUUUCUGCAAAGAUUUUGGCAUUUUCCAAAGAUUUUGGCAAAUCACAGGAUGUUGUGUAAUGUGGCUGAUUGAUUUGUUUUUUCCGUGUAUAUAACGCCAUGUGGUUUAUUGUGUAACUUGUUGAUGAGAAUGUGAGGAUAUUACAGUACACGCUUAGAAAGGUGCUAUCUGUUUGGGACACUGAUUGCACACAUAAAGACCAAUGCAGUCUUCUUAGGUAGAACUGUUUACUGUAGCUCCAUUGGCCUGCACUCUCCACUGUAAGAUGGUGACGAGAGACAGUGGAAAUGACAUAGAGACAUCAGAAAAUGUGGAACGUUGUCAUGACUCAUGACAUUGCCUUCAGCAAAGGAUAGCACAUGAGAGGAAAUAAUAUCUCACAAGAGAAAAAAGCUUUAAAAAAAUAAGACUAUUACCUAUCACACUAUAGAUGACUGCAGGCUUAAAUCACUACUAAGCCAUUCAUAAUUAACAGUAGGAGUGAAACCUCAUCUUCAGAAAGCUGUUCAUUAGUACACAGGAAGCUAGGCGGAGCUCUAGUUUUCUUGUUGACUCUCAGUAAACAAGGCUGCUCUGGUUGCAAUUAAGAUCUCAAGUCAAGGCAUUGUUUUUAGUUCCCCCAAAAUCAAUGCCGCUACGAGGGACAGAAUCUGGUCGGGAUACAAGCAAUACUGCCUCUGGACAUUACCUACUCAGUCCGAUGCCCUUUAUCCAAUGUUCCAGUGCCCUGACAGGGCCAGUAGGGAGAGAGCUGUGCCCCUGCUUCCUCCGCUGACCCUGUGUUGGGGCUCUAAUGAGGGGCUGUAGUGUUUUUCACUUAGAGACAAAGAAAACAUUAUGAUGUGGUGCCAUUAGGGUUGCAAAGCUACUGGUCAUUUAUCAAAUUUACUGGAAUCUUCAGUAAUUUUGGUAAUUAUCAGAAAACCUAUGGCAAUCUAGCGUAACUUUGGUAAUUUAUACUUGAAUAACUUUUUUAAACAUUUAUAGCUUCAUUUUGUAUAUCUGUGUCCAUGAGUUUCUAGUAGAUAGACCAUAUGUUCAAGAGAAAAUUGCCUAAUUAAUGAAAUAAUCAAUGGCAAUAUUUUCAAGGAACUCUGCAACUCUUCCAACUAUUUACCUUUUCCACAAAUGCCACCAGUUUGAUGCAUAUUGACAUAGUAACAUGAAUAAAAGUGUGUGCAUUUUUUAAAGGCUAUUUAAUGCUGAUACCCUCAUAUCAAACAGCAAUGGUAUUCACUAAGUUGAUGGUUUAUAUUUAGGAUAAUGUUUUACAUCUUUGUCAUUCUAUUUUUUAUUUUAAAAUCAUCUUAUUUUAUUAUUUAAUAUCUUCCAUGUGAUAAGGCCGCACAGAGGGCCAGAGAUAAUUACAGACACCUGUGAUAAUCUGCUGUACCUAAAAGGGCCACUAAAAGUGUGUGCAAGAUGGCGAUUGGAAGGUUUGGCAUGGUGGCAGCACUUUUACUUGAUGUGUUUGGUUUAAACAUCACUGGAAAUAAUUGCAUCUGCAUCUAGAUGAAAGAACUGCAAAUUCUCCGCAACGCCAACACUUCUGACGGCAUCCAGCACUUCGGAUUUGGAAGGAAUGUAAUAUACCAAACAUUCAUUAGACCUUGGCACAAACCAAAACGAUCAUCCAAGGCCAGUCUGAAAUCUCAAAUUAAUUGUGGAUAUCUUAUAAUAACUCUAUGCCUUCUCCUAUCGGGUGAUAUCCAUCAAUGCACUCCACCUCAGUUUAUCACGAACACCAUCAAACGGCCUAUGCACCCAUGCACCUCCUGCGAACGUUGGGUUAACAGUAACAGCAAAGCUCUGGUAUGUUUGGAAUGUGCGCAGUUGAUUCAUCUAAAAUGCAGCGAUCCUAGCUUUGGGCAUGGGGUCAAUGAAACUUACCUUUGCUGUCGGUGUGCUGUAUCCGCGGGGUGUGUGAGCAUCAAAGGUGGAGUGGGACCAGAGGACUCGCAUAGGACGGAGGGGGGGUCCACAGUAGCGCACAGGCCACCAGAGGCGAGAGACAGGGGAUGCGGUGGUGAGGACGACGGAGCAGUGGAAGGUGAGCUGGCAAUGCGCGUACAUGAGGAGGGGUGCUCCGUAGCAGCAGAGAGGCCCCUGGAGGCAGUGCAGCCGGAGGAUGGCAGUGCAGCGGGAGGCGAGUUACAAGUGGAUCAGGAAUUCAACGAGGCCUUUGGGAAGAAAGGUUUACAUUUUGUGCACUUAAACGUCCGAAGCCUACUAACAAAGAUUGAUGAGAUAUGCCUGUUGGUUCGCAAAUCAGUGGUGGGUGACAUAUGUUUUACAGAGACAUGGUGGGAUUCAUCUGUUUGUGACUCAGAAAUUGAGAAGGGCAAUUACUCUGUUGUCAGGAAGGAUUGGAAUCAGAACGGUGGGGGCAUAUACAGUGCCUUCGGAAAGUAUUCAGACCCCUUGACUUUUGUUACAUUACAACCUUAUUCUAAAAUGGAUUAAAAACAAACAAAAAUACCCCAUAAUGACAAAGCGAAAACAGGUUUUUAGAAAUGUUUGCAAAUUUAUGAAAAUAUAAAACAGAAAUGCCUUAUUUACAUAAGUAUUCAGACCCUUUGCUAUGAGACUCAAAAUUAAGCUCAGGUGCAUCCUGUUUCCAUUGAUCAUCCUUGAUGUUUCUACAACUUGAUUGGAGUCCACCUGUGGUCAAUUUAAUUGAUUGGACAUCAUUUGGAAAGGCACACACCUGUCUAUAUAAGGUCCCACAGUUGACAGUGCAUGUCAGAGCAAAAACCAAGCAAUGAGGUUGAAUGAAUUGCCCGUAGAGCUCCGAGACAGGAUUGUGUCCAGGCACAGAUCUGGGAAGGGUACCAAAACAUUUCUGCAGCAGUGAAGGUCCCCAAGAACACAGUGGCCUCCAUCAUUCUUAAAUGGAAGAAGUUUGGAACCAACAAGACUCUUCCUAGAGCUGGCCGUCCGGCCAAACUGAGCAAUCGGGGGAGAAGGGCCUUAGUCAGGGAGGUGACCAAGAACCCGAUGGUCACUCUGACAGAGCUCUAGUGUACCUCUGUGGAGAUGGGAGAACCUUCCAGAAGGACAACCAUCUCUGCAGCACUCCACCAAUCAGGCCUUUGUGGUAGAGUGGUCAGACGGAAGCCACUCCUCAGUAAAAGGCACAUGACAGCCUGCCUGGAGUUUGCCAAAAGGCACCUAAAGACUCUCAGACCAUGAGAAACAAGAUUCUCUGGUCUGAUGAAACCAAGAUUGAACUCUUUGGCCUGAAUGCCAAGCGUCACGUCUGGAGGAAAUCUGGCACAUUCCCUACAGUGAAGCAUGGUGGUGGCAGCAUCAUGCUGUGGGGAUGUUUUUCAGCGGCAGGGACUGAGAGACUAGUCAGAAUCGAGGCAAAGAUGAACGGAGCAAAGUACAGAGAGAUCCUUGAUGAAUUACCUACACCAGAGCGCUCAGAACCUCAGACUGGGGUGAAGGUUCACCUUCCAACAGGACAACGACCCUAAGCACACAGCCAAGACAAUGCAGGAGUGGCUUCGGGACAAGUCUCUGAAUGUCCUUGAGUGGCCCAGCCAGAACCUGGACUUGAACCCGAUCUAACAUCUCUGGAGAGACCUGAAAAUAGCUGUGCAGCAACACUCCCCAUCCAACCUGACAGAGCCUGAGAGGAUCUGCAAGAAGAAUGGGAGAAAGUCCCAAAAUACAGUUGUGCCAAGCUUGUAGUGUCAUACCCAAGAAGACUCAAGGCUGUAAUCGCUGCCAAAAGUGUUUCAACAAAGUACUGAGUAAAGUACUAUAAAUUAGCAAAAAUUUCUAAAAACCUGUUUUUGCUUUCUCAUUAUGGGGCAUUGUGUGUAGAUUGAUGAGGGGGAAAAAACUAUUUUAUCAAUUGUAGAAUAAGGCUGUAACCUAACAAAAUGUGGAAAAAGUAAAGGGGUCUGAAUACUUUCCGAAGGCAUUGUAUACCUUUCUAAGAUCGGACAUUGCUUAUAACGUCAGAUUGGAUUUAAUCGAUGAUCUGGAGAUUGUCUGGCUGGACAUCUUCCUUCCCAAAAACAAGCCGAUUUUUGUUGUGGGUGUGUUACAGGCCGCCCAAUCAGAAUGCAUUCUAUAAAGGUCUCGAAAUUGGGUUGUCACUGUAAUGAUUCCCUGGUGAAGGAAAUAAUUUUGUUAGGGGAUUUCAAUACUGAUGUCUGCAAAAAGGAUAGCCCAACCCACAAUGUAUUUAUGCACUUCUGUAGAUCAUUUGCUCUGACCCAAAUUAUAAAAGGUCCCACCAGGGUAUGUGAAACAGUGCAAAGUACGAUUGACUUAAUAUUGGUGUCUGAUAAAUCCAAAAUAUUGCAGAGUGGAGUAAUAGUCUAUGGAAUCAGUGAUCAUUUUAUUACAAGGAGGAUUUUUAAAGAUAUAUUUAAGUGUCACAAAACUUUUAGAAUCACAGGACUCAAAAAAUACUGUGUUGAAAUGUUUAGGGAGCAAGUGGGUAAAAUUGACUGGUCACUUGUGCUGGAUAGUGUACGGGUAGGCAGUGCCUGGGAAGCCUUUAAAUGUAGAUUCCUUGAUGUGGUGAAUGUGGUGGCUCCCCUUAGACGGGUCAGAGUAAAGCAGAGAUCUAGCCCUUGGUUUAAUCAUCAGUCUUUAAGAAAUGUAAGAACUCUCAAGAGCAGCCUGAUUUUUCUCCUAUACAAACGUCACAGAAAUGAAGCACAGAGCAGGAUGGAUGAAGCUAAGAGGGGUUACUUUACUGAUAAUCAUUGAGAACAAAAAUGACCCUAAAAAGCUUUGGAAAUCAUUUUAAGAAACUAGGCUGUAGUAGUACUACCAAAAACAAACUAAACAGUAUUGGACUGAACAUCAGGGGGGAGAUGGUAUAUGAAUGGUUGCCAAUGAAUUUAACUUGGUUUUUUAAAAACUUCUGUUGCCAUUAAACUGGUUAGCAAGCUGCCCACCAGUUCUGGUUUGUAUUGAAACGUCCAAGUCAAUAAGUAUUAUGCCGAGCCAAACUCUUUAUAUUUCGCAAAUGUAUGCAAAAGCAGUAGCCAGUACGCUAGCAGAGUUUAAAUGCUCCAAAGCCACAGGCCUGGAUAAUAUUCCUGCAAUGUUUCUUAGAGAUUCUGCUGAGGAAAUUGCCCAUAUUGUUAAUCUCUCUCUUGAACAAGGCAUCUUUCCCAAGGACAUGAAACAAGCUGAAGUUAUACCUCUGUAUAAGAAGGGGACAAAGUCUGGCCCUGGGAAUUAUAGGCCUGUGUCUGUCCUCAGUAUAACAUCCUCAUACUCAACUGAUUCAUAUCUACUUUACUUGACUGACUUCAUCAGGAAAGAGAUUGAUGAGGGAAAUCUCUGUGGAAUGGUACUGCUUGACCUACAGAAGGCCUUUGAUACAGUUAACCGCUGUCUCCUAAUCUCCAACACAAAGCCCUGACUUCAAUCCUAUAGAAAAUUUGUGGGCAGAACUGAAAAAGCGUGUGCGAGCAAGGAGGCCUACAAACCUGACUCAGUUACACCAGCUCUGUCAGGAGCAAUGGGCCAAAAUUCACCCAACUUAUUGUGGGAAGCUUGUGGAAGGCUACCCGAAACGUUUGAACCAAGUUAAACAAUUUAAAGGCAAUGCUACCAAAUACUAAUUGAGUAUAUGUAAACUUCUGACCCACUGGGAAUGUGAUGAAAUAAAUAAAAGCUGAAAUAAAUCAUUCUCUCUACUAUUAUUCUGACAUUUCACAUUCUUAAAAUAAAGUGGUGAUCCUAACUGACCUAAGACAGGGAAUUUUUACUAGGAUUAAAUGUCAGGAAUUGUGAAAAACUGAGUUUAAAUGUAUUUGGCUAAGGUGUAUGUAAUCUUCCGACUUCAACUGUAUGUUGGGGAGCAUACUUAGCAUAGAGCUUACUAACAUUUUAUAACAAGUAUUUAUGGUUCUGCGCCCAGAUAUCUAUGAUUACUUUCCCCAUGUUAGGGAUGCACACAAUCACAGCACCUGAUAAGGUGUUGCUAAUGUGUGCUUAUACAGGUUCAGGAGUAAUGCUGGGAAAGGUACUUUCUUGUAUACUGGAGCCUCAGAGUGGAAUUGCCUCUGCCCAUAAAAACGAUGUCCUCUCUAGGCAGCUUUAAAAAUAAAGUAAAAAACUGAUGUCUUCUGUGCCCAUUUGAAUGUACCUUACGAUGUAAUUGCAAUGAUGAGAUAGAUGUUCUUCUUAUUUGUUUUUAUGUUUUAUCUCGCUGUCAUACUGUGUGCAACCGUGUUGGAUCUUGCUUAGCCAUCUUGUCUCAAGAGGACUACACUGGAAAUAAGUCCCAGACUUUAUUGUGUGUUAUCCUCGAUGAUUUAACUCAUGUGCAUGUAUGGCUUUUCAAGUUUUAUGUGUGCUUGUUUUUUAAAUGGUCGAAUUAAUAAACUAAACAAACACUAGAUGUCUUGUGAUAGAUUACAUAACAUCCUUAUAAGAUAUCAAAAUUCUGGUAGUCAGCUGUAGACAUUCAAAUAGAGUUCCAAAAACAUGUGGAAUCUAUGCCAAGGUGCAUUGAAGCUGUUCUGGCUCGUGGUGGCCCAACGCCCUAUUAAGACACUUUAUUUAGGUGUUUCCUUUAUUUUGGCAGUUACCUACAGUACCAGUCAAAGGUUUGGACACACCUACUCAUUCCAGGGUUUUUCUUUAUUUUUACUAUGUUCUACAUUGUAGAAUAAUAGUGAAGACAUCAAAAUUAUGAAAUAACACAUGUAUCAUGUAGUAACCAAAAAAGUGUUAAACAAAUCAAAAAAUAUUUGAGAUUUGAGAUUCUUCAAAGCAGCCACCCUUUGCCUUGAUGACAGCUUUGCACUCUCUUGGCAUUCUCUCAACCAGCUUAAUGAGGAAUGCUUUCCCAACAGUCUUGAAGGAGUUCCCACAAAUUCUGAGCGCUUGUUCUGCGGUCCAACUCGUCCCAAAUCAUCUCAAUUGGGUUGAGGUUGGGUGAUUGUGGAGGCCAGGUCAUCUGAUGCAGCACUCCAUCACUCUCCUUCUUGGUGAAAUAGCCCUUACACAGCCUGGAGGUGUGUUGGGUCAUUGUACUGCUGAAAAACAAAUGAUAGUCCCAUUCAGUUUCUAACAAACAGUACAUCAUUGUUAUGCCUCCAGCUAAUUCAACUGACCAGCGCAACUGACAAAGCAAUAAAAUAACAUACAUGUGUGUCAGUGGAGGCUGCUGAGGGGAGGACGGCUCAUAAUAAUGGAUGGAACGGAGCGAAUGGAAUGGCAUCAAACGUGUUUGAUGUAUUUGAUACCAUUCCACUGAUUCUGCUCCAGCCAUUACGUCAUCCCCAAUUAAGGUGUCACCAACCUCCUGUGAUGUGUGUCUUGUCACUGGUGUCUGUGGAACAUCAAUGUGUGUCACGCUCGUCGAUAGAAGUGGACCAAUGCGCAGCGUGAUGAGUGAACAUACUUUUAUUUUAGAUUCACCACACGAACAAAACAACAAACCGAUAACGUGAAGUCCUUGGUUACAAUACAAAACCAACACGGAACAAGAUCCCACAAAACACUGUGGAAAACAGGCUGCCUAAGUAUGGCUGAUACUCGUUGCCUCUGAUUGAGAACCACCCCGGCCAACACAGAAACACAUGAGCUAGAUAAUCAACCUAGAACACAAAACACAUAGAAACAACACACCCUGGCUCAAUAUAACAGAGUCCCAGAGCCAGGGCGUGACAAUGUGACUGACUUUCCUCAUUUGAAUAAUGAGCUCUGUGUCUCUUAAGCCACUUUUAUACCUGGUUCGAACAUGCGUAAUUUGCCCUGAUCUUGUCCUCAUUCUGAUUGUGCCCACAAUUGUAGACCGGUGUAGUUGAUUAAAAGACUCAUUGGGAACUGAUUUUGAUCAGAUCUUAUAAGUAUAAACGGGCAAGAUAAGGACGCAUGUUAGCGGCAGGUAUAAACGGGACUUGAGAUAUGUAUGGAGACUGGAUAAUGCAUACCUUUAUUGCCUUUUACUAUGAAGCACACCACCUCUACAACUGACCAGUGGAUUCAGAAUUAGUACAUUGCGUUCUUCUAACCUUGUUUCUCUCUUACGUUUCAGGGCCGAUGCAUGAACUUCACCCGGGUCAAGUCCAAUCCUCCUCCUCGCUACCCCCACUACAACCAUCACUCAGCCCCCAUCUACACCCCUCCAAGCGGAUGCAGCCCACCGCCUCCCCAAGGCAUGCUCCCCCCUCCCCCCAACAGCCCCCCAGCAUCCCCUUUUCCAUCCUCCACCUCCACACUGCCCUCAACAUCCCCUCCUUUUUCUACCACUCCUCUUCCACCUCCAAUUUCUCCACCUCCUACCAUUACACCUCCACCUUACACUCCACCUCCAACUCGAACCCUUCCUCCAAGCACUCUGUAUAUUCCUCCUCCUCCUAUGUGCCCCCCCUCCCCUCCACCACCUGCAUCCCCAACCGGCUCUCUACCCCCUCCCCCUCAGGCCCCUCCUCCAGGACGAGGCUUCCUGCCCCCACCCCCUACCCGCCCACCACCACGCCCCUCUCUGUAGAUCCUCAGCAG